CGUCACUCCUGCGGCUGGUGCACGCGCUGCCAGUGUGUCGCUCCCGCGCGAGUUUAGAGCAGGCCGGGGUUAAGAUGGCGGCGCCCGUGUUGAGAGUGUCUGUGCCGCGCUGGGAGAGCGGGGCCCGGUAUGCGGUGUGUGUGCUGGGCAUCGUGCUGUCCAUCUAUGCCUACCACGUGGAGAGGGAGAAGGAGAGGGACCCUGCCUACCGAGCUCUUUGCGACAUCAGCGAGUGGGUGCGCUGCUCCACUGUCCUGUCCUCCAGGUACCCGGGGGAGUGGGGGUCCUGUCUGGGAAUGGUCUGGGGACACACACACACAGGGAAACACCGGGUGACCGGCCAGGAUGGGGCUGGUCUCCUCGCUCACCCUGUCACUGAGUGCAGGACCUGGCCAGCUACCGGAUAGACUUCAUCACCCCCAUCCUCCUCCUCAGUGAGCCCCCCUCAAACAUCUAUCAAUGGGACUGGGGGCUUUUUGGGGUUGUGCUCCCACAUGAAGCAUCACAUUUUACGGAGCCAUUGCUCGUACUCCAAUCAAAGCCUCAGUGAUUGAGACAGGUUGCUCUGUAUGGGGUGGGUGGGAUGGCACUAGUCCCUGCUCUGGGGGUAUGAUGACUGGUCAGGUGAGACAUUUUGACAGGAGGAAGGUCUGUGCAUGAUAGCUUCCUCUCCUUUCUACGAUUGUAGAGAUCACCCAGUCUGACUCGACUUGUCAUUGUCUCUCUCCCCCCCCCAUAUAAAGUUAAUGUAUUUGUCAGACGUGGCAACCAUGGUUACUUGCAAGGUCUGACUGUCGCUUAUAGGCUCUUUUUUAAAUUAUUUUCUUUUAACCUGAUUUUUUUUUUUCUUCCUUUUCUGGUGCAGUAUGAGGCAGCACUUGUAUCAUCUGAACACAACGCCUUUUUUUGGACCCUAGACCCAGGUGGGAGGGAGAAAACUACACAUAUAGGUGCAAAGGUGAAUGCCAACUGUACUCUAUACCGAUAGGUGUAUAUAGAAAGCCCAAAAAGUUUCAUAAUUCACAUGCUUUUAAAAUCGACUUUCAUUGUAAUGCAGGGAGACACCUUUAAAUCACAGGGGUGGAUUUAACUCCAAAAGGUUUACCUGCUGAACAUACAAUUGUAAUUCCCCCAAAUGUGCUAUUGUUGUCUUAAUAUUAAUGUUUUUUUAGUUUAUUGAAUGAACCCUUAGGUGUUUUGCUUGUGUUUUAAGACUAAAUAAUUUGACAUGUCUUCCCAGCAGAUGCCAAACUAUCCUUUCCUCUUAAAGCAGUGUUUUGUGUAUGAGGAUAUGCUUAUGUCAAUUUCAUAAGUGUUGAAUUCUCUUUGAAAUUUGCACUUUAAAAAAAAAAAACUUUAGUACACAUCCCUGCUGUCUUCUUGAUAUUAAAUAUACAGUUAGAGCUAUGUGAGCAGGCAUAUCCACCAAGCUCCCAUGCAUUCAAUUAUUUACUGGUUGUCUAGUGAUUGUAUAUUGCUGAAGUUGGCUAGAAGCCCCCAUCGAAGAGCUGUGCACUGUUAAACACCGCUCUCAUGGAUGCAACAGCCAUUGCCUGGCUAGGAAUUUUUAUUUGAGCUGUGUUACAAUGCAAUGAGAAAUAUAUACGUUGGAAAGCCGCUUGUGGCUCUUAAUCAUCUUCUCAAUGAAAAGCAUCUGAUCACUCAAAGGGAGAGCUUGCAAAGGCGGCAGACAAGAUUGUAUUAUUGGUGGAUAAUGUUAUUAAUUUGGAGUAGCACACUUACGAACUGGUCACCCAGUAUAAAACCUAUAAGGAAGUGUCCCGACAUAUUAUUGGAUAACUGUGUGGAUACUGACCUGUGCAAAAUAACUACAACCAAAAAUAAGCAUAAGUGUGACAUCUGCACCAAAACUGCAAAGUGAUCUCAUCAGUCAUAAAUAUUUUAUGGUAAUUUGGGUUGCUACUUUUUUAUUUUAACUUAUUUAGGGUGAGCUUUGUGGUUAAAGGGACACAGUAGGCACCUAGACCACUUCAGUUCAUUGAAGUGAUCUGGGUGCAGUGUCCCUUUUGCACUUAGUGCUGCAAUGUAAAACAUUGCAGUUCCAGAAAACUGGAAAUGCCACUACAGGGAUUCCACUUUUGGUCCUUUAUCUGAUGCUGGACGUCCUCACGGACCUCCAGCAUCAGAUUUUCCCCCUAGGAAAGCAUUUAAAACAUUAGAUAUGCCAUUUGCGUGCGUGCGUGUGGGGGGGGAGGGGGACAUAGGCAGAGCCUGACAAAGCGCCGAGGUUACACUGGCGCUGGAUUCAGUUAAGUGGCUGAAGGUUUUUUUUUCCCUUCAGCCCCGCAGGAGGGGGGAGUUGCAAGGGAGGGGGGCACUCCAGGAGCAACGGGUUUGUUUUCCUGGCACUAUAUGGUCCCUUUUAAGCAUUACAAUCCUAGAUCUUUUCAUAUGCAAUAUAAUAUUCUGAAAAUCAAAAUUCUAAUUUUAAUUUAGCAUCUCUAAUCAGGUUUCAGAAACUUUUUUUUUUUUUUUUUUUUAACAUAAACCCUUUGUAUUUUUAUUGAAAUACUUUAAGUAGGCUUAAAAAGUAAUGUUGCCAUUUGUAAUAUAUUUUGUAUGCAUGCAAUGGAAAAUAAAACAAAAUACUAAUUCGUUUUGGUGUUACACUUCACCAACAGUAAGCAAAGCGACCAGAACUUAUUACAGUAUUGUAUGCUAUAUUACAGUUACUUUGUAUUUUUAGUUCCAAGACACACAGUUGUUUACGAAUAUGAGAAUUCAAAGUGCAUAUCAAAUUUAAGGUCAAAAAAGCCUUAUUGGAAACAUUCUCCAAGCCAGCUAAGCUAUCAGUUUGGCUACUGUGGCCUUGAAGGAACACUACAGUGUUAGGAAUACAUGUUUGUAUUCCCAAUGCCAUAGUGUCUGAUUACUGUCACCCUCCCUGUGUAAAGUACAAAACAAGCUUUAGUUAAAUUUAUUCCAUUGUUGUGCAAACCUCAGUCCUGCUGCCCUGCCUCCCAUGUUGAGAUACUUGAGAUUGAUCAUCUCAUACAAUCCAAUGCUUCCCAAGCAGACUACUUCAUUUAGGUCAACUCAUUUAGAAGUCAACUUUGAAUGUUCACUUUAGUAUAUAACCCUGACAAUGUCAAUGCAGUAACUUCAAUAAAUGACAUGAGGCUUCAUGCAGUUGAGCAAUUGUACUUUAUGGUGACUGAACAGAAAAAUAACAACUGGGAGGUAGCCAAUAAAAUCACAAACUCUUGCUUGAAGUAUGUAUGCUAGCAAUACUAGAGAGGAAGUAUAUUUUUGGCAAUUCUAAUAAUGUAAGUAGAUUGCAGCUAUGCUCAUCAAGAAACCUGUGGAGAUGUAAUGCAGCUUUGCCAUUUACACCCCUCUUGAAAUAUUUGGAAAAAAAUUGGCUUUUGCUUGCGCAUCUGUUGACAUAAGGUGGUGCUCAUGUCUGUUAGCACAGCUAAGGGAAGAUACCAAUGCAUACUGAAACCAGAAUAAAUCUGGGUAUUUGUUUCUUGGCAGCUAGACAGUUACAAUAAACUUACUUUCCUAGCCAACUUCAUUUCCACCGGGCCAUCCAAUUCACAUUCCAUUCAGUGCAGGAGUAUUUGGUUUGUUAGUUGGCACUUUGCAUGAUUGUGGGGUUUGAAGAAACCAUAUUAGUAUUUUAAAAGGAUAAGUCACUAAAGCGUUUUAGUUGGGAAUCCAAAGUAAAUUCUUAAAUUUCAGGCCAGAAUAGUUGAUUUAGAAAAUUGUUCUUGCCUAAAAUUUGAAAUUCCCUUUGAACUCUCAACAAUUCACAUUUUAGUAAGUACUGUAACUGUGUCAAUUUAUAGUGUGGGGAUAUUUAUGGGAUAAUAAUAGUAACAGUGAGAAUUGCCCACUAAUUCAAUUCUCAGAUCCCAAAUAUCGUUAUCGUGUUAAGUGAGAAGUAUAUCAUAUAAAUAAUAUUCACAAUUUUAUAAAAAUAGAUUUUAUUUUAUAAUAACAAAUUAAUUAAUAAUAAUAUGUAACAUGCGUGACAAUAAUCAAUGAAUAUCCAGUAUAAAAUGAUAUGCAAUACAAAGAAAUGGGUAUUACGUUUCAAUGGCUAAAACAGCAUUUUCUGUCAAGACUUUUGACGAUUUAUGAGGUAUCCUUACAGACUGAAAGGAAAACUUUUCACAGCGAAAAAGUUUCACUCAGAGAACAGAAUUCUUCAGAGUGCAGCGUAAGGUCGUAAAGUUUAGCUGACAGUUAGAAUAACCCUUUCAAUGCUGGCUAGAUCUCCUAGGUAAUUAAGAUCUAUUCUUAUGUAAUUUUUAAAUAAAAUAACAUUUAAACCAGUUCAUUAGUCAUUUCCUGGAACCAUCCAAUAAGAGAAUCUACCAUAUUUUAUGAGCAGAGUUUGUUUUUAAUUUGUCUAAAAGAUAUCUUAUCUUAAUUUAGAGCAAAUCAAUACACCUGGAUAAAAACAGCGGUAUGCUAACACGUGAUAAUAUCACCUUAAUAUAUAAUUAUUCUUAAUUCCACCUGCAGAAUGGAAUGUUUAUAACUAUAUAUUCUUUAGUUAACUAAGAUUUCUUAAUAUGGAAAUCUGACCGUGCUUUAUCCAGUCAUAUAUAAUGCUAUUAAUACAUUUUAAUUAAUUUAAUUAAUUAAAUGAAACCAGUAUAAUUACCAGUUGAGUAGAUAUUUCAUCCGAUUGGUAGUCUCAGGAACUUAUUUGGAUGUCUCUCUGCAUGGAGGUUGGAGUCCCCAAACUUCCAAUUCCUCUCUCCUCUUUUCCUUUCUCCUUUGCAUCUCUUGCAUACCCUGCAUAUCUCUAUCUUCCCUUUGUCUUAACUUUUAAAGGGCCAGACUCUCUGUACGUCAUCAGUUGAUAACCCAAUAGAAGCACUAGAGGUGUGGUUAUCUUCCAGAUCGCAAUUUAGUUAUUUGGUCUAUAGAGGACAGUCUUGUCCCACUAAACAUACCUAUCCAGGAAAGAGUUAACUUUUCCUGGUGGCUAUUUUGACGUCAUUUUGCUUAUCUCAAAUGACCACUAUAACUUACGUAUCCUUCACAGAUCAAAGGGUUUUUUUAAGUUUUGUCCAGGCUAUGUGUCUGGCAAAUCUGUGUUUUUUCUGAUAUAGCAGAUCAUGAACUAAGUUUACCCUUUUCCAUACAAUGGUAUAUAUAUAUAUAUAUAUAUAUAUAUAUAUAUAUAUCUUCUCUGUCACAAUUGUCUGGGUUUAGAAUUGAUUAUAUUCUUCUUAUCACUUGUUUAUACUAUGCUAUGCAUUUCUUAGCUCUGGCAAAGUGGCUAGUCUUACAGAAAGAAAUCUUGUGUCUUUUUGUUAACUUGAAAAUAACAAAAUGGAGUCUGGUCUGUUCAGAGUGACUCAGAAUAUACACUUUUAAUUUCUAUCAUAGCACAAAAUGUCUGCCGAUAUAAAUACCCUGACAAUAGCUAGAUGACAGUUUCAUGAACUAUAAUGGCCACUUUUUUGUCAUAAAUCUUGGUGUACGCAACAAAGCAAGUACAGGGGCACUCAGACAUUUCUCUCAAAUAUUUGGUGCAGUCCAUUCUUAACCUGUGGGUCUGGACCCAUACUAUUUUAGUUGGUACUUGUUGAAUGGAACCCACUCAUCAUAUGUAUCUGGCCCCAUACAGUAGCCUAAAAUGUUAUUUACUGUAGUGGCAUUUCCUUCCAUGGUGCAAUGGAGAUCCCCUCUUUAAGAAUCUAUUUAAGGUGCAUUGCUAAUUGUAAACUCCAGACCCAUAGGGCACUUCACACAUUGCAAAUCAGCAAGCUUAAGGCUGUCCCCUUUUGUUUUGUUUUAAUUUUACAAAAAGUACAGAUUUAUAUAGAAAUAUUAUCUUUUAUAAAUUAACCUUAUUACACCCUCCCUGCUUGUCAAUCAGAGAACUGAUCUUGUUACUUCCUGCUUAUUCAGUGGAGCUAAACUCAAGAUUCAAGCAGUUGCUCCAAGCACCUACCUUACAAAGACUUCUCAUUGAACUGCUGCAUAGGUAAGUGUGUUAUUGGACAACCAUUGGAAGUCUGGGAUUGGUUUGAAAGUAAGUGCUUGCAAAGACUUCAGAUGAGAGCUGCAGCUUUUCUAAGCUGUUUUUAGAUAUAUCUCCAAUUAAAACAUGCAUAAUUUAAAUGCCUGCAUGUUUUAAUUGUGGGUAUAUCUACUAAACAUUGAAUUGUAUUUGGGCAGUGGAGUAUUCCUUUAACUCAGAUUACAUAGCACUUCAAGAAUGGGUCACAGUGUUAAUUUCCCAAUUGAAGAAGGGGGCACCAGUUAAUGUAAACAAUUACACCAUCAACAAAGAAACAUUCCAAUGUUAGAAAUGCAUUGAUGUUGCCAGAUGUGGAGUCACACCUCUGACAGCAAAGGGAUUACACAUUGUAUGUGUAGCAUUUCAGGACAACUCCAGACACCAUUACUGCUUCAAAUCACUGAAGUGGUCAUGUAGCUUUGAGUAACCCUAUAAAUAUCUGCUGUUUAAUUUCCUUUAUCAGUGGUGUAGAAUUCCUGUCACUUGAUGGUAUGAAGUUGCGGGUUCGAACUGGCAGCAGUUGUUGGGUUUUUUUUGUUUGUUUUUUGGCCUUCCAUCGUAUAUGGCAGGGGCAGAGAUUGUGAUCUGCCCCUCCGCCUUUUGCAGAUCACAGUAAUUGCUCACUUGUGCUCAGUCACUCACUAAGCUCAGCUUCCAGUAUUGCCAGCCUGCACUCUGACACAUUGUGUGCCACGCCUAUUACGGGGAUCACCAGGUAGUUUUUAGCCACCCACCCCAUAUUCCAUCCAUUACUGGCUAAAAAAGAACCUUAACGAGCAGCUAUUCAUUUUGUCCAACUAUUUUACUAGAAAUACCUGCCCACUAAAGCAGCUUGCUUGUUAUGUUAGAUUAUGAUGGUUCAGAGGAGUACUGCUACUACGGUAAAAUAUUUCAUGGUGGGGACACUCUUUUCACUGUAACCUGUAAAGAGCCUUUACCAAGGAUACGAUAGAUUAAAGGGAUACUAUUGUCACCAGAAGAACAAGUUGUUCUGGUGUCUACUGCCUGUCCCUGCAGGCUUUUUAAUGUAAACACUGCCUUUUCUGAAAAAUGACGGGUUUUACAUUGCAGCCAAAAGAACACCUGUAUUGACAGUCACUCAGACAGCCACAAGAGGUGCUUCCUGGUUCAAUGCUGCACUAAGUGAGAUGAGAUGGAAUGCACAAACCACGCAUGCGCAAUAGCCUCCCUAUGCUCUUCUAUGGGGAAGCAUUGGAUUAGCUGAGAUUGUUAGUUUUGAUGAUCUCAGUCAAGGAGGCAAAUCGGGGGCAGAACCAACCUCUGCGAGAUCAGCAUGGCAUUUGCAUAAAGGAAAGUGUGUGUGUGUGUGUUUUUUUUUUUUUAUAUACCUUUUGAACGGGGCAAGAGGGCUGGGUAUCUAAAAUGUGUCUUUAACAAUAUUGUGUCAAGAAUACACGUUUGUAUUUCUGAGAGUAUUCCUUUAACCCCUUAAGGAUACAUGACAUGGGUGACAUGUCAUGAUUCCCUUUUAUUGCAGAAGUUUGGCCCUUAAGGGGUUAAACUCCUAGUCCUGCAGUGGUAGGCUCACACAACUCACUCUUCCCUUGGUGUUUACCUCCUGAUUCACAUACUCUUUAUGUGGGUUCUGAAGUAUAGUGCUAUUACAACAAAGGCAAUCUGAGUAUUUCAUAAAGAUUUUAUCUUUAUGAAUUACUCUUUUUGGAGGUCGGAUGGUGGUGGCAGAGCACCUUUAAAUUAGAUAAAUUUAGCUACAAAUCUGCAUAUUUUUCUAGUAAGGCAUUGAGUAAUGACAUUUAAAGGUUUUGAUGGCAAAGUGGGAGGGAAAAAAAAUUAAGUGUACCUUGGCAAUUUAGCUCUCUUUGAAAUGCUCAUUGGUUGAAAAAGGUUGGGAAUAAUGACUGAAAUUCCAGCUGAAGUGUUAAAAUGACAUGCCAUUGGUGUUUGUUUAAAAAAAAAAUAAAAAAAUUCUUUACUUUUAGAGGCAUGUGUAUUGGAGACUUUAAAAAAAUAUUUUUUUAUAAAUCUAACCAAUAAGGCAUCGAUUUUAAUAUUUUGUUUUUGAUAUAUUGAUAUUUUUUUUAAGUCAGGCCUCGAUUUUUAAUAUUGAAUACGCUUUUCAAGUGACUUUAAGGGACACUAUAGUCACCCAGACCACUUCAGCUCAAUGAAGUGGUCUGGGUCCAGGUCCCCCCGGUUUUAACCCUUCAGAUGUAAACAUAGCAGUUUCAGAGAAACUGCUAUGUUUACAUUGCAGGGUUAAUACAGCCUCUAGUGGCUUUCUUCCUGACAGCCGCUAGAGGCGUUUCUGCGACGCUGGAUGCAAAUUUCACAUCCAGCGUGCAGAACGUCCAUAGGAAAGCAUUGAGAAAUGCUUUCCUAUGGACUGUUUCAAUGCGCGCGCGACUCUUGCUGCGCAUGUGCAAUCCGCGGGGGAGGAGAGGUCACCAGGAUAAAGGUAAGUGGCUGAAGGGGUUUUAUCUGAGGGUGGGGGUCCCAAGGAUGAUAUAAUUUCAGGAAAAUUUGUUUGUUUUCCUGACACUAUAGUGAUCCUUAAAUAUUUUUUGAACUACUUUUUUUUUUAUUUUAUUUUUAUUUAUUUUUUUACAAGUUUGUUUUUAAAAUAUCAAAAGAAUUAUCUUAUAAAAAAAAUAUUGAUAUGUAAAAAAAUAAAUUAGGAAAUAUUUUUCAUAAUAUUAAAUCAUUUUACUUGUUUAUCUUAAAAUAUUAAAUCAUGUGGACGGCUUAUCCAGAAAUCUUCAAUUAAAGCCUUUGGUAGAUAUAGUUAUUCUCUAGAUAAAGUGUAUACCCAGGCUGCAAUAUACUCAGUACAGCUAGCAGAGUAACAUAAGUGCACUAAUAUACAAUCAACUUGAAAGAGGUGAAGAAAACAAUGUCUGUAUAGCCAGUGUAUAAGAUCCUUUUUUUAACUGAAAAGGCUCCCAUAUGGUUUUAUUUUAGUGCUAGGACAGUGCAACUUCACUUUCAUUUUAUGUGUUUUUAAGUAUCCCCAUUAUUAUUUCACUAGUCUCCUUGAUAUGGUUUCUAUAUAAUCAAUAAAAUGGAAUAUAUACUGUAUUUUGAGGUUUAAACACCUCCUUGUAGUGUGUUACAAAUAGAUGUCUAUCUUGUCAAGAGAUUGCAAAUAAUUUUCUGUGCAAAUAUGCUAAUUAGAUUUUCUUAAUGAAAAUAGCAACUACAACACUAAAUGUGUAAUUCUUCCACAUACAGAAUAUAGUGUAAAUCCUCUUAUACUUUAGUGUAAUGGGUUAAGGGUGAUUAUCAUACAAACAUAGAGCCUGCAUACUGGCUCAGUAUAGCUGCUUAGUGUGGUUAAAGGACCACUAGAGGCACCCAGGCUACUUCAGCUCAAUGAAGUGGUCUGGGUGCCAGGUCCCUCUAAUUUUGUUUCACCGAGGGUUAAUCCCGCCUCUAGUGGCUGUCUCACUGACAACCGCUAGAGGCGCUUCCGCGAUUCUCACUGUGAAAAUCAGACGCUGGACGUCCAUAGGACAGCAUUGAGUAAUGCUUUCUUACGGGCGGUUUGAAAGCGCGCACGGCUCUUGCCGCGCAUUCAGAGCUGCUGUUGGCAGAGGGAGGAGCGUUCCCCAGCGCCGAGGGAGCCCUGAGGGUGGGGGGGACCUAAUGACCCUAUAGUGUCAGGAAAACGAGAAGUGCUGCAGCCCAGAUGGUUUAAACAAGAACUUUAUUUAACAGUAUCUAAAAACAAAACAAUUUGUAAAAAUGCUGUUAAAUACCUAAUGGUAUAUUAGAGUCCAUUAUUAGUAGUCCAGAGUGUAUAUAUGUAUGUGUAUACAUAUAUAUAUAUUUUUUAACUCUUUGUAGAGUUUAAACUUUAUCCCCUACCUGCUCUGAAAGGGUGCUGCUCUUUGGGAGCAGGAAGCUGCUUCCUGUUAGACCAGGUAGAGGGACAGAAAAAUCAUCUACUGUGUCUUGUGAGGUAACACACGAGAAGGGAAGAACAAGUGACACAAGGGUUUGAUGAAAAGAGUGUAAAGGCGUGCAGGAGCCUUUUUUUUUUUUUUACUUUUGUUGCAAAUCUUAUAUUCUGAAAUAUAGUAAUACACAUUUUCACACAUGAUAUCUAUAGACUUUUUUUGAAGUUGGAUCGAUUUACCGCAGCAAUGGUUAGUAUGAUGUUUUCUCAAAAGAUGUUACCUUCAUGACUCUAGCAUCAACAUUUAACUUGGGACAGUCAAACAUAAUGGCCAAGGCACGGUUGUCAUUUAUGGAAAACAAGACCAUUUUUAAAGUGGUAUUUCAAAUUUGAGAAUGGAGAUGUAAGUUUGCAACAGAACCUACAACACACCUGACAAUAUCCCAAAUUCGAGAUAAGUUUGGAACCCAUGGUACCGUGUGUGUGUUCACAAAAAAAUUUAAACAGCAUGUGCAGCAAUCCCACUGGAAACUUGGGGCAAUGUUGCCUAGGCAGCAGCUCUCUGUACUAAGUGUAUGGAUGCUAAAGGCAAGCACUUUGAGCACCUCUAGUAAUUGUAGAGAUCAAAGGUAACUUGCAUUCAUCUACUGAUGUCUGAAUGAAUUUAAAAUAUUUAGACAGGUUUUUCUUUUGCUGAAGUGCAUAUAUAUUUUUCUGGCUAGCUCUGUAUUUUAAAGGGAUGCAAUAGUCACCAGAACCACUUCAGCAGUGAUGGCUAACCUUGACACCAUACUUUUUCUGGACUAAGUUUUCCAUGAUGCUCAGCUAGCUUUUAGAGUCUAAAAGCUAGCUGAGCAUCAUGGGAAAUGUAGUCCAGAAACAAUUUUUGGUGUCAAGGUUAGCCAUCACUGCACUACAGCUUAAUGUCUAUGGCAAGUUUUCCUGCAAUUUGAGCACUGUAAACACUGCCUUUUCAGAAAAAGGCAUUGGUUGCAUUGCUGCCCAGUAAUACCUCUAGGGCAGUCACUCAGAUGGCCACUAAAGCAGCUUCCUAUCCCGAUACAGCACAAUGUGCAGCACUUACUUUCUACACGCUUUGUAUAGAGAUGCAUUGAUUCAACAAACCUACAUUCUUGACACUAUAGUGACACAUAUCUUGACACCUUUUAUUUAUUUUUAUAUAUAUAUAUAUAUAUCUCUAUCUAUCUCAACCAUAUUUUUGAGUAAUGAUUGAUCUUUACAAGUAGUUGCUAUGUGAUGCUAAAAAGCAUGUCCUCUUAAUUAAAUAUAUAUGCAACUUUGGCAUCUUUAGAAAUGCUGUAUGAACUCAUAGACAGAAAUUAGGCACACAUUGUGCUUGGAGUUGGAAAUGACAUAAGCCAGCAUAUGUUUGUGUUCCUGACCCUAUAGUGAUCCUUUAAAUGUUUGCUAUCAGGGUGGAUUUGAUUUAAAUGAAGUCUAGUUACGUUAUUAUUUUUAAAUGAAGACAAAUUUUUGCUGGUGGUUAUGUUUUUAAUUUUUGCAACUCUAUGAUUUCAUAUUUAGAUUAAUAACCUCACAUUAGUUGAACAGUUAUUUCAAAACUGAAUUUGAAAUCUAAUGUUGGAAAUACAUAGAUAAUAAUGAAAUCAUUGUAACUUGCACAUCCAAUUGAAAUAUGUAAUCACUUAAAUUUUGAGAGCAAUGUAAAUUGUUUUCAUUAACAAAAAUAAUGUUUUAUAACAUACAUAUUUUUGUAUUUGUUUAAACAUCAAUGUUUAAGUGAAGUGACUAUACAAAAUAUAUAUUAAAAAAACAUAAAACUUCGUCCAUGUCAAGCACGGCGAUCGCGGUUGGGGGGACUCCCAGGGAGCCCCCCCGCGGCACGUCCGACCCCCUGGAAGCCCCCCCAGCCAUGUGAGAGUGAGGUCCUUGCGAGGACCUCACAAUCACAUGGCCGGGAUAGCUGCCUCCUGCAUUGCCAGCAAGGGGGCUGCCUGUAAUGACAGGUGGUCCCCCUGCUGGCUGAAAAUAAAAAUUAAAUAAAAAAAAGUUAAAAGUGGAAAAAAAUUAAAAUAUAUAUACUUAGAUCAUAUAUAUAUAAAAUGCAAAAAACGAGAGCACUCACUGGAUUUGAUACAUAAAUACUUAUAUUAAAUGAACAUACCAAUCGACGUUUCGACCGUCUCGCGGUCUUUAUCAAUCUUGAUAAAGACCGCGAGACGGUCGAAACGUCGAUUGGUAUGUUCAUUUAAUAUAAGUAUUUAUGUAUCAAAUCCAGUGAGUGCUCUCGUUUUUUGCAUUUUAUAUACUCGUUUGGAGAAGCACCUUGGUGUUUAGAAUUGAUUAACACUUUGUGGGCAGAGUGCCAGAUUUUGGAUGUGUGUAUGUAUAUGUAUAUAUAUAAUAUUAUAUUAUAUUAUCAAAUUACACGUAGACUGAUAUUGAUUAAAUAUAUAUUAUUGUGAAAAAAAUAUGUAAAUACGUUAAAAAAUAAAAUAAAAAAAUAAAAAAAAAUAUAUAGAUGUGUUAUUUCGUUCUAACUGUUUUGUGAUAUUAAUAUAUAUAUAUUUAUAUCAAAAUACACGUAGAAUGAAAUAUAUAUAUAUAUAUAUAUAUAUAUAUAUAUAUAUAUAUUCACAUACAUAUAUUAAUUCUACAUAUAUAUAUAUAUUUAUGUAAUAUUUUUACAUAAUUAGGUAUCUUAAUUACAAUUAGCGGGACCUGCCUGACAACCCAUGCCGAAAGUAAAGGGAAUUUAAUUUGCUAGCACUAUAUUUAACCCUAUAACUUUCCAAGACACCAAAAAACCUGUACGUGGAGGGUACUGUUCUACUCGGGGGACUUCGCUGAACACAAAUAUUAGUGUUUCAAAACAGUAAAAUGUAUUACAACGAUAUCAUCGCCAGUAAAAGUGACGUUUUUUGCAUUUUUCACGCACAAACAGCAUUUACACCGACGAUAUUAUUCCUGCGAUACUUUUUACUGUUUUGAAACACAAAUAUUUGUGUUCAGCGAAGUCUCCCGAGUACAACAGUACCCCUCAUGUACAGGUUUUAUGGUGUUUUCAAAAGUUACAGCUUCAAAUAUAAGGCGUGUUUCAUUUUUUUCACAUUAAAUUUGACAGAUUGGGUACGUUGCCUUUGAGACCCUAUGGUAGCCCAAGAAUGAAAAUUACCCCUAUGAUGGCAUACCAUUUGCAAUAGUAGACAACCCAAGGUAUUGCAAACGGGGUAUGUCCAGUCUUUUUUAGUAGCCACUUAGUCACAAACACUGGCCAAAAUUGGCGUUUUUGCAUUUUUCACACAAACAAAUACUAACGCUAACUUUGGCCAGUGUUUGUGACCAAAUGGCUACUAAAAAAGACUAGACAUACCCCAUUUGCAAUACCUUGGGUUGUCUACUAUUGCAAAUGGUAUGCCAUUAUGGGUGUAAAUUUAAUUGGGCUACUAUAAAGUCCCAAAGGCAACGUAACCAAUCUGGCGAAUUUCAAUUUCAAAUGUAACGUGCUAUAUUUGACCCUGUAACUUCCCAAAACGCCAUAAAACCUGUACAUAAGGGUUACUGGUUUACAUGUGAGACUUUGCUUAAUACAAAUAUGUGUAUUUUAUUGCAGUAAAAGCAAACAGUAUUAUGACAUUGGCAGUUAAAAUGUCGUGUAGAACUAAAAUAAUCUUAUUUUCUCCCAUUUUUUUCAUAUUAAAUUGUUUCAUAGCUAAAUAUUUGAUAUUAAAUGAAAGCCCUGUUUCCUCUGAAUAAAAUGAUAUAUAUAAUAAGGGUGGGUGCAUUUAAUAUGAAAGAGUUGAAUUACGGGUUGGAUAGACAUGUAGCGCAAAUGCCAGGUUUUGUUUACAUUCUGUUUCGUUCACAAUGUGUACAUUUGGCUCCGUCCUUAAGGGGUUAAAGUAAGCUGUUCAUUGUGUGUACAUAGAUUUGCAGAAUAACAAUAGGAAUACUUUUUUUAUUUAUUUUUUUUAAUUUUUUUUUUUUGUGUGUGUGUGUUUUUAAAUGAAUUUUGAAUGUCUAUUUAAAAACAUUUUUGCUGUGUGUUCCUCUGCAGACAAGUUCAACUAAUAUGGAUUAAUGCAAUUAAUUUACCAAUAAUGUAAAUACUGGCUGAAUACACAGCUUCAUGUUACUUAGCUAAUCCAUAUUUCAUGCUAAAGAACCUUUGGACUCUAUUAUUUACCCUAAAUAGAAAACUAUAUUUAGAUAGAUUUUUCAUUUAAAAGCAUUGUUUUGUUUUUCAAAAAUUCAAAUUUAACCCCUUAAGGACCGAGGACGGUUCAGGACCGUCAUCGGCAUUUUUGCCUUGAGGACCGAUGACGGUCCUGAACCGUCCAAACGGUCUGGGGCUACUUACCUGAUCGCCGUCGUUCCCCCGGCGGCGAUCAGUGUUCCUCCGGUUAUGGGGAGACUGCCUGCAGCCCAGACAGUCUCCCCACGGCAGAUUAGGACCCCUGUGGCCAUGUGAUCGCUUAACACAGCGAUCACAUGGUCACAAUAGGUGUCCAUAGUGCUGCCUGCAGGGGGACUGUCUGUGCUGACAGGCAGUCUCCCUGCAUGUGUAAAAUCAUUAAAAAAAAAUAAAGUUAAUGGUAAUAAAAAAAAAAUUAAUAAUUAUAUAUGUAUAAAUAUGAUAUAUAGACAUAUAUUAUAUCUAUAUAAUAUAUGUCUAUAUAUCAUAUAUAUAAUACCAUACUAAGUGUAUUUUUAUAUUAAUAUGUACUUAUAUUAAAAUAAAAAUACACUUAUAAUUAAAUUACACACGUAUAUAUAUAAUAUAUAUAAUAACUAUAUAUAUUGUAUAUAUAUAUUAUUAUAAAAUAUAAAUAAUAAGUAAUUUAAAUUAAAUAAUUUUUUAAAAAUAAUAAUAAAAAAAUUUAAAAAAAUUAUAUAGCUAUAUGAAAUUUUAUUCUAACUGUAUUUUAAAAUUAAUAUAUAUAUAUAUUUAUAUCCAAAUACACUUAGAAUGAAUUUGUAUAUAUAUCUAUGUAUAUAAAAAUAAAUAAAAAUAAUACGAAAUAUACAUAUGUCCAUAUACAAAAUUACAUAAAUAAUUAUAUAAAUAUACACGUAGACUUCAAAUAUAUAAAUAUGCAUAUAUAUUUAAAUUCUCAUCGCGUAUUUAUAAUAUUUUAUAAUUCAGUAAUUUUAUUGAUUGCAAUUUGAGGACCUGCCUGCCAACCCAGGCGAAAUUCCAGAGAAUUUAAUUAGCUAACUUUUGUAUUUUACCUAUGUACGUUCUACGACACCUAAACCUGUACAUAGGGGUACUGUUUUACUCGGAGACUUAGCUGAACACAAAUAUUAGUGAUUCACAACAGUAAAACAUAUCACAGCGAUGAUAUUUGAAAGUUACUUUUUUGCAUUUUCACAAACAGCACUUUUACUGAUGAUAUAAUUGUUGUGAUACGUUUUCCAGUUUUACUAAUAUUUGUGUUCAGCGAUGUCUCCGAGUAAAACAUUUACCCCCCAUGCUGGGAUUUUAUAGCAUUUUUGAACGUUACAAGGUCAAAUAUAUGGGUCAAAUAUUUUUACAUUGAAAAUGGCCAGGUUAGUUACGUUGCCUUUGAGAGCGUAUGGUAGCCCAGGAAUGAGAAUUACCCCCAUGAUGGCAUACCAUUUGCAAAAGAAGACAACCCAAGGUUUUGCAAAUGGGGUAUGUCCAGUCUUUUUUAGUAGCCACUUAGUCACAAACACUGGCCAAAAUUAGCAUUCAAUUUAGUUUUUUACUUUUUCACACACAUACAAAUAUGAUGCUUGCUGGCGGCCCGAUGUUUUCGACUAAGUGGCUACUAAAAAAGACUGGACAUACCCCAUAUUUAAUACCCUGGGUUGUCUACUUUAAAAAAAAUAUGUACAUGUGGGGUGUUAUUCAGAGAUUUAUGACAGAUAAUAGUGUUACAAUGUCACUAUUGAUAAAUUUUAAAAAUGUAUGUUUUUAAACCGCAAUAUCCUACUUGUACCUAUAGCCCUAUAACAUGCAAAAAAAAGCAAAAAAGCACGUAAACAUAGGUAUUUUUAAACUCAGGACAAAAUUUUGAAUCUAUUUAGCAGUUUUUUUCAUUCACUUUUGUAGAUGAGUAAAAGAUUUUUCAAGUAAAAGUCAAAAAACAUGUAUUUUUUUCAAUUUUUCAUCAGAUUUUUGUAUUUUUUUAAAAUUAAAAUACAUGAGAUUAUAUAAAUAAUGGUAUGUAAAGAAAGCCCAUUUUGUCCUGAAAAGAACAAUAUAUAAUUUGUAUGGGAACAGUAAAUGAGAAAGCGGAAAAUUACAGCCAAACACAAACACCACAAAAGUGUAAAAAUAUUCCUGGUCGCAAAUGUACAACAUCGCAAAAACAGUCCAGUCCUUAAGGGGUUAAAUAAUCUUUAUCUCCCCCUAAUUGCAAUAUUACUUUUUAAUUUUCUAAAUGCAUGCUACGUCUGGAUAUUUCUGUCACAUUUGUUUUGUAGUGAAUGGAAAUUAAGUUUUUUGUCUCUGAUAUAUUUCUCAGUGUUUUAAAACUGUUAAUUACUGCCAAGUGUUUUGGACAGUUCUUUUUCCCAUAUCUUGUCUCUCCUUUACCAGUGAUUAAUUAUAGUAUCUUAGUUCCAAGGUGUGUCUGUGUCCUGUUAUUUAUGUGAACGUGGCAGCCAGAAACACAUGCAGUUUGGUUUUAUCAGCUGAGUCAUUUUCACAUGGAGGCAACUUGGUUGUUAGCUCACUUCCUUCUUUUCUGUCCAUCUUUCUCAUCUGAGAUUUUUAAUUCUAGUCUUUGCAUCUACUGUUUUAUUUGUGUUCUUUGCACAGUAAAACAAUUUCUUUUCACAUUCCAUUUCUUCAGACAAUGGAUAUCAUUUGUUUUAAAAAUGAUCCUGUCAAACUUCUUUACAUGAAUAGCAUAUAGCAAACAAAAAAAAUGCAAGCAAUUUUGCACGCAAUUCCUGAGUGUUUUUAUAUUUGCAUGUAUUUAAAAGAUAUUUUUAAUCUUAUUCUUUUACCUAUCGAUCACACAUUGCAUUGAGCAACCUGUGAUGAAGAAAUUGCCUGUUGCUACCUUUGAAUGAAUGUUCAGUUCACAUUUUCCACAAUUUUUACCUAGCUGCCCAACCAUAAAACGAAAAAAUAGUGCCGCUGGAAGGUGUGCAUAAUACCUCCCACCUAUAAGCGACCUACUUGACACAAGUUGUGCUUCACCAGGGGAAAGCAAUGUGUGCAGCCUCUAAAUACAUUGCUGCAUCCAUCUUACAGGUGAGGAGGUUAAAUAUAAAUUUUAAUCUCUACAUAUGCUAGGCAUUUUCUCUACACAAUGUAGUUUUACAUGUAUAACUACUUGAAUAUCAAUUUGUGGACACAUCCCUCAUUUCUACUAUUUGCUCUCUUAAUCGAUCUUUUUUUAAAAGGACACUUUGUGCCAUGACACCUAUGCUCGUUGCAUAGAGUAGGGCUAGGCCACCUUUGGCACCAUGGAUGUGGACUACCUCUCCAUAAUACUCUUACAGCCAUAAUGUUGGCUUGGCAAUGCAUUAGGGGUGAUGUAGUCAUCAACAUCCGGAGUGCCCUGUGUUGCCUAGCCCUGGCAUAGAGUAUGAUGCACAAUAUGGCUGAUGACUGUAGGUGUAAGGGUUCCCUCUUACAUAUUUACAUAGCUGAAAAGAGACUUGCAGAGGAAAAAGAAAGGGGUGGUACCAGCGCUAAAAAUUUCCCAGCCAGUGAACUAUGUUCUAGAUAACCAAUAAAGCUGCUAUCACACCUAGUUCUUAUCUUACAAAAAUAGAAACCCAAAAAUCUUGAGGUGUAGCGCUAAAUUUACAGGUAAAAGGUAGUAAUAGGAAACUUGGAUGUACAAUAGUAAUACCUUGAAUAUUCUUUAAGUCUUUAUAUUCACACUAGGGUAUAAAUUCUACAAGACAUAAAAAACAGACAAACCAAACAUAGUGCAGACUGCGUAAUAUAGUCCGUUAUAAAAUAUUAGGAAGGGAACAUUUCCCACUCACAAUUUUAGGAGCUAAUAUGGAAUAGCUCAAUAUCAGCGCUCUUGGGGUCCGUAAAGGCGACCCUCACCCUUCUUGUGUAUAGGUAUCCUUGAUUUCCUAUGAAAGUAGAAAACGUAUAUGGUGCAGUACCGUAAUUCUUUAAUGUGAGAUAAAUAUAAAAUAUAAUACUCACAAAAUUAGAGCCAUCCAGAUCGGCUCUAAUCCACACACCUGUGUAGUUAAGGACCACACACCUUCUUUGAAAAAAUAGCAGGGGAAAUGCCAAUAUAUAAUGUAAAAGAGUAGUAAUUUUAUUGUAACAAUAAAUGUAUAAAAUUUUAUAUAAUAUAUAAAAAAAAAAACAAUAUCAAAUUGGCAUAAAAUCCAAAAUUCCAAUAGUCUCAGUCUCUCCAGUACGCGUUUCGCCUUGCAGGCUUCCUCAGCUGGAUAUGGUGAUUCAGACCUCUAAUGGAUCAUCCCUGCUAUAUGUACCCCUCUAAGGGGUGAAAUAAUUGGUGUCCAGGCUUGUAUUUUCGCGGGCAAUCACCAUAGAAACGGUGACGCCCUGCGUUUCAAGCCAUUUCUGCUGUUUAUUUCCGGGGUUUUUGCUCCAUCGCGUCAUUUCCGGUUUCGCCGAUACAUCACUUCCUUGCGUUCCACCGUGCAGUUCACCAUUUAUUUCCCCAGGGUUUCCGGAUCGGCGAUUUUUAAAGAAAGAUACAAGUAUAGAUGGAUUUAACACAUGUAUAAGAUUAAUAAGCAUUCGUUUUCAAAUGUAAAUAAGCCUUAUAAUUGUACAAUAAGGCUAAUACUGAUUAAAUUACAUUCUGAAACUUUCCACCUAUCUUUUCUUUUAUUUCUACUUAUGACAUGAAUAUAUAUUUAUUUUAAUUUUAUUUUUAUUAAAAAAGGUUACCACCUUUAAAAACAAAUAAAAAAAAAUAUAUUCAUGUCAUAAGUAGAAAUAAAAGACAAGAUAGGUGGAAAGUUUCAGAAUGUAAUUUAAUCAGUGGGAAAUUUUCCCUUCCUAAUAUUUUAUAAUGGACUAUAUUACGCAGUCUGCACUAUGUUUGGUUUGUCUGUUUAUGUCUUGUAGAAUUUAUACCCUAGUGUGAAUAUAAAGACUUAAAGAAUAUUCAAGGUAUUACUAUUGUACAUCAAGUUUCCUAUUACUACCUUAUACUUGUAAAUAUAGCGCUACACCUCAAGAUUUUUGGGAAAAGAGACUUGCGUCCAUCAAGUUCAGCCUUCCUCACAUAAGUUUUUACUGUUGAUCCAAAAGAAGGCAAAAAACCUAGUCUAAAGCGCUUCCAAUUAUUCAAACAAUUCCUACUUGACUCCAAAAUGGCAGUAAGAUGUCUCCUUGGAUCAAGCAGCUAUUACCCCACUAAUUAGAAAUUAUAUCCCUGUAUGUUAUGUUUUUGCAAGUAUUUAUCCAAUUGCAGUUUAAACAUCUGUAUGGACUCUGAUAAAGCCACCUCUUCAGGCAGAGAAUUCCAUAUCUUUAUUGCUCUUACUGUAAAAAAAGCCUUAUUUUAGUCUUAGGUGAAAUCUCCUUUAUUCCAACCCAAAUGUAUGACCUCGUGUCCUAUGUAUAGCCUUGUUUAUGAAUAGAUUUCCAGAUAAUGGUUUGUACUGGCCCCGAAUAUAUUUGUAUAAUGUUAUCAUAUCCUCUCUGAGGCGCCAUUUUUCCAAACUAAAGAAAUUUAUAUUUUCUUACAUUUCUUCGUAACUAAAAUGCUCCAUUCCUUUUAUCAAUUUUGUAGCUUGUCUCUGCACAUUUUCUAGUGCCAUGAUAUCCUUCUUUAGAACAUGUGCCCAAAAUUGCACAGCAUAUUCAAGGUGUGGCCGAAUUAUAAAGAGGCAAAAUUAUAUUUUCAUCCCGAGAAUUUAUUUCCCUAUUUAAACAUGUCAAAACAUUUUUGGCCUUAGCAACUGCAGAUCGACAUUGCAUAUUGCUGCCAAGUUUGUUGUCUAUAACAAUUCCCAAAUCCUUCUUGUGUGUGGUUAUCCCUAAUUCACUACUAUUUAGGGUGUAAGUUACUUGUGCAUUCUUGACCCCUCAGUGAAUAACUUUGCAUUUCUCUACAUUAAAUCUCACCUGCCAUUUUUAGUGCCCAGUCCCCCCAAUCUAUCCAAAUUCAUCAGCAGCAAAGCAAUAUCCUGCUCUCAUUUUAUUACUUUACAGUUUUGUGUCAUCUGUACACACUGAAACAUGGCUUUCAAUGCCUAUUUCAAGAUCAUUUAUAAAUGUUAAAUAGAAGCGGUCCCAAAACAGAACCCUGAGGGACACCACUUACCAUUUUUGUCCAGCCUGAAAAUUUACCAUUAAUGACAACUCAUUGUACUCUAUCCUUAAGCCAGUGUUCUACCCAAGAACAAGAAUAAUCAUCUACACCAAUUUCUUUUAGUUUGAAGACUAAAAGGCAAAAUCCAAGUACAGUAUAUACUCGAGUAUAAGUCUAGUUUUUCAGCACAUUUUUUGUGCCUAAAAACCCCCACUCGACUUAUACUCGAGUCACUGUCUGUAUUAUGGCAACUUAGAGAGCCGCGGCCGUCAGAGCCAUGGCAAUGAUCCGCGCUGCAACCAGACCGCAAGACUUACAGUGGAGCUGACCGGAACGGAGGAGAAGGGAGCUGACAGGAGCUGCAGGAAAGGUAAGUAAAUGCUUCCUGCCGCCCCCCCCUUCACAGCCCAUGCCAGUAGCCCCCCUCCCUGACCAGUUAACAAGCAGGGAGGGGUGACAAAAAAAUUAAAAUAAUAAAAAAAUAUUAAAAUAAAAUAAAAAUUUAAAUAAUAAAAAUGCCCUCCCCCCACCUAGUUCACACACACUACACAAACACACACUCUGCAUUAUAUACACAGUGUGUGUAUAUAAUGCAGAGUGUGUGUUUGUAUGAGUGUGUGUGUGUGUAUAUAAUUAUAAAAAUCACAGAAUUUCAUAGCCCCAAGUUUUACCCUCGACUUAUCCACGAGGCAUAGCAUAUUUCACAAUUGUUGGUCACAAAACUGGACUCGACUUAUACAUGAGAUCGACUUAUACACGAGUAUAUACGGUAGAUCACAUCCACUGCAACACCCUGAUCUAUUCUUCUACUUCCUUCUUCGUAGAAUGCAAUUCGGCUAGUUUGACAUGACCUAUGUUUCAUAAAACCAUGUUGAGUAUUGCCAAUAACAAAGUUCUUACCAAUGAAUUCCUGAAUAUUAUCCGUUAAUAGCCCUUCAAAUAUUUUCCCAGUCACAGAAGUUAAGCUCACUGGUCUAUGUAAUGGACCGUUUCUCUCACAAGAGGAUAAAAACCGUUUAGGCGAUAAUCCCCUUUCCCAUAGACCAGCAGCUACUGCAAGCACCGAACUGCAAACUGUACGAAUUCACCAACUCCCGAACUGGAAACACACGAACACUGGAAUCAGCCGAACAGGAAAAGCAUACAAUCCGCUUACACUCCUGGCAGUCAGCAUACAAUCCAAUUCCCCCCCAAAAACGAGACGACACAUCGGUUUGAGGGUCAAGCAGAAUCUCUCUGUACUGUCACAUACAGUCUCUUUUAUUCCCAAUCCACAAACAUAGUACAGCCCACAGGGCGUUACAAAACAACAAAUCAAUCCGUACAAUACACCCAGACACUCCCACACAAAAUCCUCCCCUCUGCAGGUGAUAUGAUUACUGAACACAAUGGGUAAUCUCAUUAUCACCGGCAGAGGAAUACAGUUUUUACACAAUAUUUAUAACUUCUAAAAUAUACAUGUCACAAACAUAAAACAUACAUUUUCAUAAUCAAUCCAUUCAGGGGAACAACAUAUUUAAAAAAUGGCACGAAUCAGACCAGGGGUUCAAAAGUUAAGGGAAAGUCCUUUGUGACUAAAUGAAGCAUGGCUUUCCGGCCCAAACCAGUUUCAGAGUCUUCUAUCCUGGAGAGUAAUUCAAUUAUCUCCCAGGACAGACACAAGACUCCAUUAAGCACAUGGUUGCAAAAAGACACAAAACACUUUAAAAUACAUAGUCACCUUUUACACAUAACACACAGACAUUUCACAUAUCCCCAGAUAGCUGGGAUCUGAGCGCACAUUAUUAGAUGAAUGGCACUCAGAUCACACAAAUAAGCCUUUCUGCAGGGGAAAUAAACGGUUUAACCUGAGGGCCAUAGUCCAAAGGGAGCAGGCGAGCAACCAGGCUUCUCCAGUUCACAGUGGCGAGGUUGGUUUCGCCACAGUCUAUAAUUCCCAGGCAUGGAUUUUGAACCAUUUUUAAAAUAUAGUAACAUAGACUACGAACAUAGAAUAAAUAUUACUUCCUGCCUUGCUAUCCAGGAGCUGUUCAACUUGUUUGUAUGUGCUUAACACUUCUAUCAUAUCCUUUUUUUCUGGAGAGGUCUUUCUUCUGCAGGGGCUGUCUGCUUCUGCAGAUUGCAUGUGCAAGUGUGAUAGUUUUAAAAACUUUGUCAAUAGGUUCACCCCCACCCACCACUCAUAGGUACGGGCUGGGGAGGGACCCAUUAUUAUUUAAGGCACCCAACUGCCGGCAAAGUCAAUCAAGGCAUAUGAAUCUAUCUAUGGGGUAAACAUAUGUUGUGUGUUUUUUUUUUUUUUAUCUACACUGAACAACAUUAUAAACGCAACACUUUUUGUUUUUGCCCCCAUUUUUCAUGAGCUGAACUCAAAGAUUUUUUUUUUUUCUAUGUAAACAAAAGGCCUAUUUCUCUCAAAUAUUGUUCACAUUUCUGUCUAAAUCUGUUAGUGAGCACUUCUCCUUUGCUGAGAUAAUACAUCCACCUCACAGGUGUGGCAUAUCAAGAUGCUGAUUAGACAGCAUGAUUAUUUCACAGGUGUGCCUUUGUCUGGCCACAGUAAAAGGCCACUCUAAAAUGUGCAGUUUUAUCACACAGCGCAAUGUCACAGAUGUCGCAAGUUUUGAGGCUGUGUGCAAUUGUCAUGCUGACUGCAGGAAUGUGCACCAGAGCUGUUGCCUGUGAAUUGAAUGUUAAUUUCUCUACCAUAAGCCAUCUCCAAAGGCGUUUCAGAGAAUUUGGCAGUACAUCCAACCGACCUCACAACCACAGACCACGUGUAACCACACCAGCCCAGGACCUCCACAUCCAGCAUCUUCACCUCCAAUAUCGUCUGAGACCAGCCACCCGGACAGCUGCUGCAACAAUCUGUUUGCAAAACCAAAGAAUUUGUGCACAAACUGUCAGAAACCGUCUCUGGAAGCUCAUCUGCAUGCUUGUCGUCCUCAUCAGGAUCUCGACCUCGCAUUCGAUGGCAUCUGGCACUUUGGAGAGGUGUUCUCUUAACAGAUGAAUCCGGUUGUCCCUGUACAUGGCAGAUGGCGUGUAUGGUGUCGUGUGGGUGAGCGGUUUGCUGAUGUCAACGUUGUGGAUCAAGUGGCCCAUGAUGGCGGUGGGGUUAUGGUAUGGGCAGACAUAUGUUAUGGACAACGAACACAGGUGCAUUUUAAAUGCACAGAUAUACUGUGAUGAGAUCCUCAGGACCAUUGUUGUGCCAUUCAUCCAUGACCAUCACCUCAUGUUGCAGCAUGAUAAUGCAAGGAUCUGUACACAAUUCCUAGAAGCUAAAAAAACAUCCCAGUUCUUGCAUGGCCAGCAAGCUCACCGGACAUGUCACCCAUUGAGCAUAUCUGGGAAGCUCUGGAUCGGUGUAUUCGACAGCGUGUCCAAGGUCCUGCGAAUAACCAGCAACUUCGCACAGAACUUGAAGAGGAGUGGACCAACAUUCCACAGACCACAAUCAACAACUUGAUCAAUUCUGUGCCCCCCCCCAUACAGUAAAACUGCAAAUUUUAGAGUGGCCUUUUAUUGUGGCCAACCUAAGGCACACCUGUGCAAUAAUCAUGCUGUCUAAUCAGCAUCUUGAUAUGCCACCCUGUGAGGUGGAUGGAUUAUCUUGGCAAAGGAGAAGUGCUCACUAACACAAAUUUAGACAUCUUUGUGAACAAUAUUUGAGUGUAAUAGGCCUUUUGUGUACAUAGAAGUCUUAGAUCUGGGGGGCGGAGCCUGAACUGCAAGCUCAAGUCGCAUGUUGGAGGGGCUCCCAAUACUGAUUAUAGGAAAAAUACUCACUGCCUCAAAGCCUACAAAGAUGCCGGGGUACCCAACCAAGUUAGGAGCACCCUGGUGAAUCGCCCAAUAACAGACACGAGUGUUUCCUGCAAUCGUGAACCUGAGGUGGCACGCUGCGGCCUGCGGUGGAUGAAUGCAGUGUGUGUGUAUAUAUAAUGAAUGCAGUGUGUGUGUAUAAUGAAUGCAGUGUGUGUAUAUAAUGAAUGCAGUGUGUGUAUAUAAUGAAUGCAGUGUGUGUAUAUAAUGAAUGCAGUGUGUGUAUAUAAUGAAUGCAGUGUGUGUGUGUGUGUAUAUAAUGAAUGCAGUGUGUGUGUGUGUAUAUAAUGAAUGCAGUGUGUGUGUGUGUGUGUGUGUGUGUAUAUAACGAAUGCAGUGUGUGUGUAAACCGGGUGAGGGAGGGCAUUUUUAUUUUAUUUUUUUAUUUUUUAUUAUUUUAAUUUUUUAAAAUAUUAUUUAAAUUAUUUUAACAUUUUUGUUAUCCCCCCUCCCUGCUUGUUGCCUGGCCAGGGAGGGGGGCUGUAACAUUCCCUGGUGGUCCAGUGGAUGGGCUGUGCAGUGGGGGCUGGCCGCGAGCUCUUGCUUACCUUUGUAGCAACUCCGUGCAGCUCCCCAGUUCAGCUCACAGUGUAAGUCUCGCGGUCUGUGUGCUGCGCGGAGCGUUGCCACGGUAAUCCGUGGCAACGCUUUGACGGCCGCGGGUGCCGCAAGACUUUUACUGUGAGCUGAACUGGGGAGCUGCAGGGAGCUGACUGGAGCUGCUACAAAGGUAAGUAAGAACUCGCGGCCAGCCCCCAACAGGACCGCCGGGCUUGUAAUGAGCACGGCGGUCCUGGUCUGUAUUAUGGCAAUGUAAGUUGCAAUAAUAUAGACCUUGACUAGAGUAUAAGCCGAGUGGGGCUUUUUCAGCACAAAAAAUGUACUGAAAAACUCUGAUUAUACUAGAGUAUAUACGGAAGUUGAUGUAGGGGAAGGACAAAAAGAAAUAUGGGAAAAUUUUGCAAAUGACACAUCAGUAUUAAAGCGGCACUGUCAUGGCUGAAUCCCGUUUUUUUUUUUUAGUGAGACUUUUACUAGUUAUAUUGACUUAGGACUAUUGUACAUGCUAUUAUUACUAAUUUUAUUAUUACAUUUUAAUAUCUACCUCUUGGCGCAGCCCUUCUUAUGGUUUUUGUUUUAUCUUCAGAGGGUUUCUCUUUUUUGGGCCGCUGCCUACAUUCUAUUAUUUAUUAGCACCUACCCUUACUCUCUUUCUCUAUAUCUAGGAGAGAGAGAGAGAGAGAGAGAGAGAGAGAAAAUCUCUUUCCAAUGUUUUAAGAUAUUCCAUUUAUCUUCAGUUUUUCAAAAGACAUUUUGAUCACUAUUUUCCAAGGGCUCCCAUACUUGAAUGUUUGUCAAAAGAUUAACAUUGUUUGUUAUAAUGAAAUCCAUCCUUUCUAGUUUGCUGCUUCUACUAAUUGUGACAUGAAAGUGGAAUUUAACAGGUUCAAAAACCUAAAGCGCUUUGCUAAACCACCAUAUCUGCAGAACUGCAAGGUUUUAACUUGCAUGGUAAAAACUCGGUUAGGGUAGUUGAGGUUUUCAAUGUAUUGGUAUGAAUGUUCCUUUCAAUUUAAGUCAUUGUUUUGUUUUUUUGUUUUUUCCUUAUGUGCAGGUGAAUAUGCAAAGUUUAUUAUUCACCAAACUUCUUCUCACUGAUACUCUAUAUGUCAUGGUUCAGACUUUCCAUUUGUCUGUCACCUACUGGCGAGUAGAAAUUCAGCCCCAGAUGACAUGGAUCCACCAGGCUCGCAGUAGCUAGUAAUUUUUAGACGUAUCUGGUAGCAUAAGAAAUUACAUGUUGACCUCUUGAGUUCUGAGUAUCUGAGAAACUGUUUUAAUGCAAACCUAAAACUUUGCAAUGUUUACUGAAUUUUAAAAGUGUGUGUGUGGAGCAGUAUAUGGAUAUCUGGAGGAAAUGGAUUAUUAGGUGGGAAGUGCAUAAUGGAUGGCAGUGGGCAAGAAAUGUGAGGAGUUACAUAAAAUAAGCAUCUGAUAUUGAGGGAGUCAUAUGAAGUAUAUUUCUAACAUGUUCUACGUAAACUUUGUAGUUCUUUAUAUGUUUAACAAUGAAAAUGCCUGGUGCAUGUUACUCUAGUGCUUUUGGCUAGUGAUAAUUUCAACCUGAUGAGUGAGAAUUCAGCCCUAGUGAGUGUUCCAUGGAUCCUAAAGGCUAGCAUUGUUGAAUAUCUUUUAAGGCCUUAGCUAGUGUAGGACUCAAAAUGUUAAGCCCGGAUAUAGGGGAUGCUUCAAAUAGCUAGCAGCAAUAUAUUUCGGCAAGGAGGGGGUGCACAAUGUGUCCUAUUUCCCACUCUGGUUUUGGUAGCAUUUUUCCCAGCAAUUUUUAGUAUUUUGUUUUGGCAGGGUUAGUUACUCAGACUUUAAUGACAGGUCAGAAGUUGCUAUUUUUGGAGUUACAAUUCAUUGCUCUGUGAGAAAGCAGACUUUUGCCUUAGAAAAUUUAAGUGAGAAACGUUGCAUUUUGAAAUUUUACAAUAUGUAUUUAUUCCAAAAUUGCUUUUAAUGCUACGGACUGUUUGUAUGCAAAAUGCACCUAUAUAUACAGGUUCGCAUAGACAUAAAUGUGCUACUCUAUUCAGUGUUAUAUCUAUCAGGAUGCAAACAAGGUAUUUGCCCAGGGCAGCACUUUCCAGUGGGGGGGGCCACACUAAAAAAUGCUGCUCCAAACGCCAUGGGCACUCUGAAUCUGCCUUUCAUGAGGGGCAUUUGAGCUGGCUUGUGGCUGCUCACUGUUGAACAAAAAAAAAAAACCCUAGUACCCGCCUCCCGAGCCGCCACCCGUGUCACGCGAGUGAGGGCUAUUAAACUGAAGGGGGGGGGGAACCUAGAGCCCCCACCGCUGAGCGGCGGGUGUUAUUUAUGGCCCCCUGCUGCCGCUCAGGUGUGGGGGGCGGGGGGAGGACAACAGGUCCCUCCCUUAUUGUUAUUUAUGGCCCCCACCCACCGCUUGGGAAGGAGGGGAGGGACGACGACAAUAGGUGUGUGUGUCCCCCCUUAUCGUUAUUUAGGGCCCCCACCCGCUGCUGGGGGGCUCUAGGUCCCCCCUUUAGUUUAAUAGCCCCCACUCGCGUGGCUCGGGAGGGGGGUACUAGGUUUUAUUAUUUUUUUGUGAGCGGCCACUGUUUAGUAGACAUGCCCCCUACUCGUGGCAUAGCAAGUAGGGGCGUUCGGGAGAUUUUAAUCUCCUCUCAUAUUGACCCUAUAGAGUGAGGGAGGAAAUGGGGGACUUAGGAAGUGGCGGGGAGCGCUCUACUUUUACAUUUUACAAGGAGGGAGCUGCGCGCGGUAGCUUCCUCAUUGUAAAAAACUGAAAAAACGAACACUGAUAUUAGGGGCAUUUGCGGGGUGACUAGGUCAAUUAGAUGUAGUGGAGUCGAGAGGGGGGGGUUAAAAAUAAAAACUGGAUUCUGCCGUGACCGUGCUGCUUUAAAGGAGCAUUUUAGAGUAGAACUAAAGUCAUCCAGGCCAUUUCAUCUUAAGUAGCCUAGGCGCAGUGUCCCUGUAGUUUUAACCCUGCAAUAAAAAACACUGGAGUUUCUACACUAUUUCAAUGUGUGAAGGGUUAAACACACCUCUAGUGACUGUCUUCCUGACAACCACUAGAGGUGCUUCCUCUGCAAUACCAGAUGCGACCAAAUGCAGUUAAUAGGAAAGCAUUGACUUAAAUGCAUUUCUCUGAGAAGCAUUUGGAAGCACUACAUUUGCAGCUCGUCAGCAUCACUCACCAAUUUCAGAGAGAGCCAGAUUAUGCUGCAGGAGGUGGUGCAGACAGCAGAACUGAGGGAGCCUCGGUGCUAGAGAAAAGGUAAGUAAAAAGUUAAAACUAGUCCGGAUCUAGGACACUAUAGCGUUAGGAAUACAGGUUUAAAUUCCUAGCACAUUUGUUACUUGAACCACCUUGUCCACCACUACUUAUCAUAGUAGUUACAUUGCUGGGAUCCUUACCCUGAUUAUCUACCCAUUUAAAUGUUAAGUUUUUUUGUUUGUUCUACAUAUUCCUACUUUACUCCUCCUCUUCUGCUUUAUCAUUACUGAUAGAGUGCUGAAUUUAGGACAACUGUUCAUUGACGUUGCAGCUCCCACCAGAUUAGCCCAGACCAGAACUUGUAUGUUCCAGUACUCUCCUUAGAUUAAAAAUGUGUACAGAAGUAUUUUGUAUGCUGGCUUAGGCCACUGUUACACAUGAAAUGAACUUUAUAUUUAUCUUGCAUGCAUAUUGUGUUUCCAUUGUGCAGAUGGGGUCGAGGAUUUGGCAUGUUGGGUACCAUCUUUGGAAAGGAGAGUGUAAUGAACCAGCCAAACAGUGUGUUCGGACUUGUAUUUUAUUUUGUACAGUUGCUACUUGGUAAGUUUUUUGCUCCAGUUUACUUAGCAAAUCUAAUUUUGCUAUGUUUUGUAAGACAAGAUGCAUAGAUUUAAAAAAUAAAUAUAAUUUUAUUUUUUUUAAAAGAGAACAUAUAGUACUGCCACUGCUCACUCACUCUGAAUAUACUGUGCUACCUCUUCCACACCCUUCUCCCACUAUUCGGUCAUUGGUCACCUCACUUAAACUCCCACUAUCUUGUCACUACCCAGUCCACUCCAUCUUCUAUCCCGCCUCCUUUCCAAACCUCAUCCUGCCCCCACCACCCUGUUUUGAUUAUCCUGCAUUGCCAACUCCUCUGUAGCUGCCAUUUUUAACUGAGAAUUGGUUUAUGAAUCCAUCUGGUAAUUAAAGGUUUAUGCCCAAGCACCAUAAACAACACAUAUAUACUGAGAUUAAUCUCUCUGGUGGUGGUGGUGUAACGCCAACUACAGCACGAGGGCAGGCUGUUCUGGGCAGGCUAAUAUAACAAAGCAUGCAGUGCCAGACAGCAAAUGGAAGAUCAGGAUGAGGGUGAACUUUGCCUCGUCAGUUUUUUAAAAUUAUUUGUGGGGUGACAGCCCAGCACAGAAAGGUGUUUUCUAACCAAAGCUGGUGUUUAAGGAAAACACUUUUUUUUGGUUGGAGUAAUCCUUUAAAUUUAUACCCUCUAACAUCCUCAAACAUGAUUAUUUGCACAGGGCGUUUGGGAUGAUAAUCUUGACAAAGUGCAAAAAACUAAAUAUAACAAAUAUAUUUUUUAUUAUAGUAUCUUAAAGUAUUUUUCAACACAUGCAGCUCUUCUUCUGCUGUUCCCCCCACCCCUCCCCCCCUUUCUCUUCAAAUUGCCAUGCAUCUUAAAAUAUCCAGUUUACAUGCUAAUAUCCUGCAGAAAAUCCAAUAUGUUUUUUAAAAUACAAUUUCUUGCUCACUUCAAUAAAAUAGUGUAUUUUCCCACCUUUCUUUCAAAUAAACACUUCUUAUAUUGACUGUAAAAGCAGAACGCCACUCCGUGAUACCAUAACUGACUGAUUUGUUCAUUACACACCAAUAAAAAUGGCAAUAUUUAGCCAGAAAACAGCAGUUUUUCCAGCUUGGCUAUACUCACAACUUGGCUAUUGUUCCCUAAAUAUUUCAAUUUCAAUAUAAUUUCACUACAAUUCAGUUGUCCGUGAAUAAACUCCAUACUAAAAGGAGACUUGGGGCCACUUUUAAUUGCUUGGUCGUUCCAUGUCAUGUAAUCUAGUUUGAUAUACAUCAGUCAUUAUCUCUUUAAUGGACUACCCAUACCGUCCAACAUUUAAGAUAAGCAAGUAGGGACACCUUUUUAGGCGUUUGCCGUGGACCUGGCACUAUUGCGAAAUGUUAGGUGACUUAUAAAUAACAAUCUAUUCCAUCCAAAUGUAAUUUAGAACAAGCAUAAUGCAUCUUAUUUACACAGACUGAUUUCUAAACACAUCUAUUUUAGUUUAAAUGGUUACUUGAAGCACCAUAAACACUUAAGAGGGUGUCAUCAGCGAGCUCAGAACUAGACUUUCUUGCUCACUUCAAUAAAAGUGUAUUUCUCCCCCUUUCUUUCAAAUAAACACUUCUUAUAUUGGCUGUAAAAGCAGAACGCCACUCAGUGAUACCAUAACUGAGAUGUACAACAGUCUGAUUUAUUCAUUACACACCAAUAAAAAUGGCAAUAUUUAGACAGAAAACAGAUGUUUUUUCAGCUUGGCUAUACUGGCGACUGAUUUCUAAACACAUUUAUUUUAGUUCAAAUGGUUACUUGAAGCACCAUAAGCACUUCAGAGGGUGUCAUCAGCCAGCUCAAAACUAGACUUCUUGCCUGGCUAAUUUCAUUUCUGUGCACCUUUUAGUUACACAUAUUUGCGUUUAUUGGUUAAGCGGUCAACUGACGCUCUCAGCUCAGAAGUAUCAGAUUGAAAGGCAUCAUUGAUCUACUAUGGCGUAUUGGAGCCCAGCAGGGAAACCGAUAAGAGGGUAAACUGUUGCUAAAUGGUUUGCUGCAUUACCGGGGAAUUGCGUCAAAGUAUCCCUGGAAUCAUAACUUCUGUGCUGCUGUGAAGCUCUGUGAGACACACCAACAAUAUAGACUUGAAUACAGGAAAAACAGAGAUACGGCUGUAUACAAUCUAAAACAGGAACAAAAGGAGACACCUGGUGUAAUACAGUAAAACCAAUAUAAAUGUGUUGAGAUUGUAGUGCACUCACAAAAUCAAGAUGAAUAGUGCGCUCAAAUGGUGCCUGCCCCGAUGAAUUUGGGCGGCUAGGGGUAUCCACUUCCCAAGGGGAAUCCACAGGUAAUCCAAAUGGACCAAAGGACGAGACUCCAGUGGAAAUAGAUGAAAUAUGCAACAUUUAUUUAAUAAAAAGGGCUACAUAUAUUAGCCACAUCAAAUAAAUAAAAAGGAGGUCCUACGCGUUUCGUUCCUAUAAUUAUGAACUUUCUCAGGGACUAAAAUAUAACAAAGCAAUAGUAAAAACAAUCAAUACAAAAAAUGCAUAGGCUAAUAUAUGUAGCCCUUUUUAUUAAAUACAUUUUGCAUAUUUCAUCUAUUUCCACUUGAGUCUCGUCCUUUGGUCCAUUUGGAUUACCUGUGGAUUCCCCUUGGGAAGCGGAUACCCCUAGCCGCCCAAAUUCAUCGGGGCAGGCACCAUUUGAGCGCACUAUUCAUCUUGAUUUUGUGAGUGCACUACAAUCUCAACACAUUUAUAUUGGUUUUACUGUAUUACACUGUGUGUCUCUCUUUGUUCCUGUUUUAGAUUGUAUACAGCUGUAUCUCUGUUUUUCCUGUAUUCAAGUGUAUAUUGUAAAGGGUCGGGAACUGGGCCACGACCUUGAGAGGCUGUUCUGAUUGAUUCAGAUAAGUACUUUUGGAUACUAAUCCUCUUUCUUACUAUAUUUUAGUAAAAGUAGAGGUAUUGUGUGUGUGUGUGUGUGUGUGUGUGUAUAUGUAUGUAUGUAUGUAUGUAUGUGUGUGUGUGUGUGUGUGUGUGUGUGUGUGUAAAACAAUAUAGAGCUCCUAGUAAAAAGGGACAUUAGCAUAGAACAGAGGGGCAGAUGUUGACUCAAUAUAGGGACUAUCCCUCUUAUUAAAUGACACUUGAGAGAUAUUGCUACCAAAGAUACUUAGAAAGUUUUAAAAUUUAUUUCAUGGUUUUUCUUAUUUGGAAAUUUUUUUUAUUUAUUUUUUUUAAAUUCUUCUCCUUUUCUGAGCAUUUAGAUUAAUAAUUCUGAAAACGAAUAAACAUGAGUAGAACUUAGCAUAAUUUUACAUUCCUUCAAAAGAAUUGGGGUUAAUAUAACAGGCUGUCUUAUGCACUGUCUGCUUACUUUGAUAUUGAAAAAGUGAUUUUCACUGUCUUGGUGCCACCAGGUAGUGUUCCAUAAUUUGUAAAACAAGACAUUUUGAAGUGGCAAUAAAAUGAAUUUUGACUAAUCUACCCCAUCACUCUUUCCUUCCUGAACUCCUUUCCACUCUGGCAAUGGGGAGUGAUGUCAGUAGAGCUUUCUUUGGUGCUGGAAAAAAAGGCACAUUUCUAUUUUUAAGAGAAUGACGGGAAGCAAUGCUUGCAACUGAAGUCCUAGGUUCCAAUGGAACAGGUAUGAAAAAUAGAAUGGACAAACCCUAAAUUUAAUGUAUUAUUUUAGGAUUUUAAAUAUGGCAAAUAAAAAGAUUGCACUUGCACUUAUCUGGAGCUCAAGAUCAGCUCCAGAUCACUGCGCCUGGUCGGUACAAUCCCUGUCUGUGGAUAUGUAGCUGGUCCUGGUCCUACAUGAGGAGGUGUCUUUUGGCCUGUUAUUAGCGUUCUAAGGUCAGCGGUAAUAUAGGUGCUAACAUUCAGUGUAUUCUGGUAUGUCAGUAGAUAGUGCUCCAGUAAUAUAAGAAAAAAAUAUAAAACCAAAGUGUUCUCUGUAAUGUUAAAAUACAUUUAUUUUAAUGUUAUCAUUUUGUUAAUAAAACUAGUUUUUAAAAUUAAUUUCUGGACCUUCUUAUCUGCAUCCUUGAGGAUUUUACCUAUAAGACUCCAUAUUCUAAAACACCUAUGCCGUUUAGGAUUGAGCAAUACUUAUUUUCCUUAUCUUCCUUUGUGAGUAUAUCUCCAUUUAUUUAUUCUUUUAACAUUACAGAGAGCACAAUUUUUUAGUAUGUGUGUGUGUGUGUAUGUAUGUAUAUAUAUAUAUAUAUAUAUAUAUAUAUAUAUAUAUAUAUAUAUAUAUAUAUUUUUUUUUUAUAUAUAUAUAUUUUUAUAUAUAUUUUUAUAUAUAUAUAUAUAUUUUUAUAUAUAUAUAUAUAUAUAUUUUUAUAUAUAUAUAUAUAUUUUUAUAUAUAUAUAUAUAUAUAUUUUUAUAUAUAUAUAUAUAUAUAUUUUUAUAUAUAUAUAUAUAUAUUUUUAUAUAUAUAUAUAUAUAUAUAUAUUUUUAUAUAUAUAUAUAUAUAUUUAUAUAUUUAUAUAUUUAUAUAUUUAUAUAAUUUUAUAUUACUGGAGCACUAUCUACUGGCAUACCACAGUACAUUAAAUGUGAACACCGCAAUUACCGCUGCUGACCUUACAACUCUAACCCCUGGCCUAAAGACACCUCCUCAUAUAGGACAAGGACCAUCUACAUAUCCACAGACUGGGAUAGUACUGUUCAGGCUGAUCUUGAGCUCCAGAAAAGUGUAAGUGCAAUCUUUAUUUGCCAUAUUUUGUACCCCAAAAUACUACAAUAUAUUUGGGUUUUAUCCCUUCUAUUUUUCAUAUUGGUCCAUUGGAAUUAAGGACUUCAGUUGCAAGCGCUGCUUCCCAUCUUUCUCUUAUUUUCAUCUACGACCAAAAGGAAGAGACUCUGGUUCAGGACGUUCGAGUUGCUACAAAUACAAAAAGCAAGCGCCAGAAUUCUUUCACAUUCCUAUUUUUUAUUUAUUGUUUUUUGGGUGGAAGGUGGGGACUGGGUUGGCGUUACUAGUGUUACGUGUUUUGGUUGGAGUAACACUUUAAGAACCAGGGUAGGGGGGAGAAGACAACAGAUAUUAGCAAUGAAAGUAAUCUGUCUCAGGAUAACCAACAAAUUUAAAUAAGACAAAUCUAGUAAGCUUAAAGGGUUAAGCUUCUGGGACAUCUUCUGUGCCCCCUCUGACAUCACUGGUGCAACGUAUGAAAAGCCUGUGAUUGGACAAUUUCGCUAGCUCAGAGUGUGUGUGCGCGCGUGCAGGAUGUGAGAUUUUUAUUUUCUUAAACACUGCCUCACUCCCUUCAAGGGGUAAAUUAUCACAGCUACUGUCGGUGUGCACUGAAAAGAGACCUAUUAUGUGCAGAGCUUUGGCAUUGCAGAGUUCUGGGCUGCCAGUGUCAUGUGCUGGGGACGCAGUUAGCCAGAGCACACAAUUACAAAGUUCUCUGUAUGUGCAGGUUUUCAAGAUAAAACACUGCACGUACUGACUCCUGCCACCAUAACCACUUCAAAUCACUAUAGCUUUAUGGUAUUAUGCUUGUUAAUAGAAAAUUACUAUAACAAUUUACACUGGCUAAAAAUACAAACACAAUUAUCAUUUUUUGAAUUUUACCUUUCUACUAAAUAUUGUGCAGGAAUGAACAGUCUGCUAAAUGAUAGUUACAAUUAUAUAAAAAAAUAAAAAAUUAAUAGAACACUAAAAGUGUCAUAACCACUACAAUCCACUGUAGUGCUUAACGUGCCCACUCAAAGUAACGUGUCUUAAGUUUUAGAACAAACAUCCAGAGCCCCCAGAUUCUCCACUGAGCUGAAUGGUUUCAGCAGUACUACGAUCAUUGACUGGGAAUAUCGGUUGAUUGUUUUUGGCUAAUGAGUGCAGUCUUGUAUCGAUGCAUUUAGCUCUGUGAUGACACCCAGCUUCUCCUGCAGGAGAAGACUUAAUGCAAUGUGGGUUCCCAGGAAAGUUGUCAAACUGUUCUAAAACAGUUUGACAGAUUACUUUUGGAAGGAUGUCACUGGGCUAUAGUGGUUAUGGUGCCUGGAGUUUAUAGUAGAUAUGAUUUUGAAUACAUAAAAUCACUUUUAAAUUCCAACCUGAAGUUUAUUAUGAAAUGCUCUAAAAUGUCAGGGAACACAUUGAUUUUAAUUAUUUUUAUUUUAUUUUACAAGUGUUUGAGUAUGGUGUUUUGAAAUGCCAACUAACUCGAACAUAGUAAUUUAGUGUAACAAAUUAAGGCCUGUAAUACUUUGCACUGGAUCGCCUAACAUGUGAUGACCCAGAUUUACAUAAACUGGCUUUCUGUGAAGUAGCAGAAGAUUCUAAUUAUAAAUAAAGCUUAAAAAUGCUGUCACAAAUAACUUUUACAAUAACCUUGUAUAACCUCUGUGAAUUGACUAUUAGAGUGAAUUCGUAAGUUUGUUCUGUAGUGUAAGUAGUGAAAUCAUGACGGUUUUGCAAGCAUCAGCUAUUUUAUACUUAAUGAGCCACAAUGCUGGUAUCAAAGUUAGUCGUCUUAUUUUUGUUAAUGUGAAAAUCUUCCUGCAUGUACAAUAGAGAUGUGUGCCUUGUAUACUAACUCUCUGUUCUCUUCCAGGUAUGACUGUGAGUGCAGUGGCAGCAUUAGUGUUAAUGACUUCCUCCAUCGUGUCGGUAGUAGGGUCACUUUACCUGGCGUACAUUCUGUACUUUGUGCUGAAGGACUUCUGUAUUAUCUGCAUCACCACCUAUGUGCUGAACUUCAUUCUCUUUAUCAUCAAUUACAAACGACUAGUUUACUUGAAUGAGGCAUGGAAACAGCAGCUGCAGGAUAAACAGGAAUAAACGGUUUCUUCAACUGUGACUGGCACCUAAAGUACACUGCUUCCUUAAUGUUUAUUUUGCAGUACAUUUUAUUGGUUAGGGACAGUUUUCAAGAGAGAACAAUCUUAACUAUUUUUUUUUCUUUUUCAUUUCUUUUGACUAAAUGGACCCUGAAUAUUUUUUUUGUGUGUAUAUUUGCUCUGGCACCUCAUCAUAAUGAAAUGGAUGGAUGAAGGCUUAAGGAUCUCCUAGUUAUGAGUGACAAGCUUUAACUGUACUCACAAUGUGUUUGGUUGAAAGGCACACAUUACCAUCUUCUCCUCUCACCUUCAUCACCUGUGGACCUCCCUGUGCCCUAUCUAUGUAUGUGUGUGUCAAACCUUUUUAAUGCGGGUAUUUUUGUGCAAGAUCUAAUCAUGUGGCUAUUUACUUGUUCCGAAUUGUAAUUUUGCCACAUAUCUUUGGUGGCCGUGGGAUGUAUUUAACUUAUUCACAGGAGACAAAUUGCAGCCAAAAAACAAACCGUUCUGUGUUUUAUUUCUGAUUGGCUAUUCUAGUAUAUUACCCCUUUUACUCCUAACGCAAUCGGCAGUUUGCAUAGUUUGCCGGCUCCCUGAAGACUUCUCCAGAUGAGCAGUAUAUUUUAAUGGAUUAUUUACUUGUGUUUUGGCUGCUAAAUGCAAAAUAUGGCCGCUACAAAUGUGUGCAUCUUAUACAGGUGACCUUGUAAUAAGUCAGCCUUUGGGUGCUUGGCAUCAUCUAGUAUGUAGUUCAUAUAAGGUCCUAUGUGCUUGACACAGCUUAUAACAUGCAAGCUUCCUGCAGAACACGGAUGCAGGUUACAAAUAGUCUGUGUAUGACAUUCUCAGUGUUGGCUCUCUCAAUUUAAAUGAAUAAUGGUUGCCAUAUUCUUUCAAAAUAGGCCAUUUGUUGAAGUUAUAGAACUUCAUGCGUGUUUUUUUUUUUUUUUUAAUUGUUGCAAAUUAUCGUAAAGCAGUUCUACAGUCAAAGAUGGUCAUGGUAACUUAUACUGUAUGAGAAAAGCAAUUAUGUUCUCACAGUUGUGGCUAAAUAUGAUGCUUUAGGACAGGUGAACAAUCAGAAAUACCUUUAGUUGACUAUAUUGUAUUACCCAGAUCUCCGAUCAAAUGUGUACCUCGCGUUGUUUGAGAUCCUGUUAACAUUCCAAUUUAUGUGUUUAUGGCAAGUAGAUGGUAGGAAAUCAACUGUAGUCUAAAUUAUUGAGGUGCCCCGUUAUGCAUUAAUGUUUUAAAAUAUAUAUAAAAAUUUUUAUUUUUUUUUUGAGUCAAUGUGUCAUCCACAUUGACACAUUUUACCACUCAGACUUUUACAAAUGAGGAUUGAAUUCUAUGACAGGAGGGGUUAAAAUAUGAACGUAGUAUCUGCUCUUGGAUUAUAGGGCUGUAAUAAAGUGCUGUUUCCAAGAUAUUAUGUCCAAUACAUGAUAAGCAAUAGAUUAUGGUGGUGGCAGUUGAUUUCAGUAUGUUUAUCAUCUCCCCUUUUAAAUAUUUUUGUAUAUUAUUAUUAUUAUAUUUUUUUAAUUAAAUUUUAAUUCCUUUUUUCUUUUUGGCAUGAGUUGGCCUAAUCCCACUAGAGACAUUACUUUUGAAUGCCUUCCUUAUUUGUCUUGUUUGUGAAACACCACUUUUAGAAAGGGCAAAACCCUCCAGAUACUCAUCCAUAUAUGCUGUAUGCAAGGAUGGUUAUUCAUAAUAUUCCAAGGCACUGCUUUGCCAUAUGUUUUUAUACAGUAUUACUGUUUGUGAAGCCACCAAAGCACUUGUGUUAUGUACCUUUUCCUCUGGACAAGGUGCAGAGGUGAAGGUAAACAAAUAAGGCACAUUUCUCCAGAUAUUAACAUGCUUAUUCUUUCUUGCAUUGCUAAAGGGCACUCUGAGCAAUGUCAGAUUACAUCUUAUUACUUUAUACAUCAUGCCAUCAGACACCUCAUGUAAAAAUGGUAGUCCUCUCUUAACAAGAUAUAUUUUCAGCUUAAACAUCAGGUUAGCAAAUAAACUGCAAUAAUUUUUUACAGUGAGGUUAUUUACAUAUCUGACAUAGGAAAAACAAACUAGCAGACAGCAGAAGAGCUUGUGGUAGAAGCUUAUUCUAUGCAUUACAUAUAAAUUCACAUAAGUAUUGAGUGAAUUAAAGAUGUAGAGCUUUGGCUAGCCUAAUAUUUAUGGGGAAAUGAGCUUGAUUAAAAUUGGACUGUCAUUUUACAUAUUUAAGUGCUCCUAAUUGUUGAAACCGUUGACCGUGAAUAAGAAUUGAUUUAUAGUCAUUCCAGAAUAUAAAGUCAUAACUGAGUUGCUAUAUUAUAUUUAAUUUUCUCUACCUGUAGUAGACUGUAUACCAGGGGUCCUCAAACUCUGGCCCCCCAGAUGUUGCUGAACCACAACUCCCAUGAUUCUCUGGCUAUCUAUGUAAUUCAAAGAAUCAUGGGAGUUGUAGUUCUUCAACAUCUGGGGGGCCGGAGUUUGAGGACCCCUUCUGUAUACUAUGAGAUGGAUCUUUUGGCAUUCAUUGAACCAGAAUCCUCUCUUUACAUGUACUACACUCCAUACAGUGAGCCACUGCUAAAUACAUUUGUACAUACCAUGUAAACAUUUAUGUUUAGUGUUCGUGGGCAUGUGUACCUUCAUCUAUAAUGAUGGGGGAGGUGGUGUGGAUAUGUCUACAAAUGAUAUGAGAACUGGUCUUAGACCCACCUUUGUCAAAUAGUUAUCUGGGAGAACUAACAGAGUUUUAAAACUGUUCAAAAUCCUUAAAAUGUAUUGCAUGUUCCUCAGUAAAUAGGUUCAAGUGCCUUCUGCUGUUCGAGCCAGAGCUCUGCCUGCUUUCUUUUACAUUCUCUGUAUUGUACAUGUUUUAUAUUUCGGCCAUUAGGAAUUGCACAUGUUCUGUAGGACUUAAUUUAUGGGCCACCUGAUUUGAAAGAUGGGUAUGUACCCCCUUCAUCAGUUCUUUGUAUCUAAUAAAUUACUAGUACAAAGAAUAUUUAAUUUCCUAUUCACUCCCAAAUGCCAAAACCUUAGAGAUGUCUUGUCAUCUCAAAGGAAGAAUGUGUUCUUUGACUCAAUCAAAUUAUACUCCAUUUAGCAGUUUCAGGUAGGUGAUACGCACAGGUGUAGCAGUAACAGGGGGGGGGGUGAAUGUAAAAUAUCCUGGCACGCUUGGCACAUAUGGAUAAAAUCUUUGUACAAAAAGCAUGACUUAUAUAUAUGAUCCGCACCUUAUGGCAUUUCAGGGAGUUGGUUUUCCUUGUAAUGCCUCAAAUGUUUACAUAUGCCAAACAUGCUUGCUUUUAGGGAGAUGGCCUCUGCCACUGGAGAAACUAUUAAAUGCAUUUGGUCCCAAGGUAAUGAAAUCACUAAUGUAGAUAAUCUUUAUAAGUAUGGGAUAUUAUGUUUAAUAUUGUUUCAUCUCAUAGCUGCAACAUAAUCCACCAGCAUCUAUUAAUACAAGCAUUUUUUGUUUUCUGAUGAUUUACUAUGGUAUGGGAAAUUUUAUGUACUGCUGUCUGCCACUUGAAAAAUUGGCACAUUUUAAUGGUGUCCAAAACAGUUUGGGAACAUUAGAUCGGGGAAUUGACAUAUUUACCACUUUUUUGUGUUCUGUAUCAGUUGAAUUGCUGAUUACAUGUCAGGUAUUUAAAAGUACAUAAAAAAGCAACUGCAGUCAAAGUUUAAGCCUCUCCACCCCUUUAUUUACGCCUCUUGUUGGUAAAAAUGGUGCAUGGUUUUGCCAUGUUGAAAGACAUCAUUUAAUUUCUGCAUUGCACUGAAAUUUGAUUGUCACAUUAAGAAAAAUGUGAAUCAAACACAACAUUGUUGAGACCACAUAAUGUAUAAAUAUCUCUGCCUCUUUUUUAAAAACAAAAACAAAUCUUUGACCUGGCAACGAAAGUGUCGUUCUCACAUUUUAUGCCAUGCUCAGUACCAGAUGCUGACUCCUUAAAGCUAAAUGGUGUGUGUCUUGUAUAUUUCUCAGUACAUCUUGUCUAACAUUACAGAUUUAAACAUAAUUUGAUGUUAGCACAUCACCAACAAAAAAGGUACUGAUAUUUUUGUUUUCUUGAUUCUGCAGCUUUUGUGCAAAUACAGGCAUUCCUUUUUGAGAAAACUUGUAGAAUACAUUCCAUUCAGUGGUCAAUAUUAUGAAUAACACUGCAAUAGAACAAAUCUAACAACCUUUCCUGGGCCAAAUACAGUAUUGUUUUACAGGUAUAUGUAUUUAACAUGCCAAAUUCCCAUUGUACCUAACCAAUGAGCUGCACAUCUUUUCCGGCACUGGCAAAGCCAGUUCAACUCAGUAUUUAUAUUUCUGAAAAAUAUUUUGCCCCACUGGUACCCAUUAAGGCGUUUUCUGUAACCUACUACUUGGAUUAAAAGAAAAUGAUAUCAAAAAAGUUCCUUUUUUAUAUUUGUUGUUAUUGGCAAGUUUUCAUAUGUGGUUGCAGUCUUCUAAUAUAUACACAGUCUUUAAAGCAUCUUAGCAUCUCAAACAGGAUACUAUGAAAGAAAAUAGGAGAACAGUGCCAUUUUCACAGCAGGUUAAAAAUGCAACAAUUCAUCUCUUGUUAUUUAUAUAUAUAUAUUUCAUAUGAAUUGCUGUAAACAUGGGUUGUAGGCAUACAAAUGAUAUACUUGUAUAGCAGUAUUUAUGCCUGUGUGAUCUAACACACGCACAUAUUUGGACAAUGGCAGUCCAUCCAUUUGUAUAUUUUGUUUAUCUACAAAUUUAGAUGUGUAUUUAUCAUUCAGUCAGAACGUUGCAACAGUAGGUAUGAAAAUCAAGAAAACUAUAUAGUUGAGCCCAACCCAUUUUAUACGUUAUAAUAAUUUCAUUUUAAUGUGUUGGUAAGCAUUGGCAGUGGGUACAGCAUAUUGCAUUUAUGUCUGUUUUUUUUUUUUUUGGUUUGCUUCUGGUACCUGACUAAUUUUCUAAACUGUAAUUUAAUUGAGGUUAAACACUAAAUUGUGUAUUAAAAAAUUCAUAAUAAACCUGUUAAAUUCCUUAAAAGAAUUCCUUUCGAAUGAUUAAAGUAGAUUGAGGUAACCUUGUUAUCCAGAGUCUGCCUAAUGCACAAAGUCAUCUAUUGUAUCACUAUGUUCUUGUCCUUUAACAAAAUGCAGCAGUCUUGCAAAGUCCAGUUAAAGCUUGUCUUUUUUACAUGUAACAUGCAAGCAAAUGCAUUGGACAUGCUUGUAUUUAUUGUUCUAAUUGUGUCUCAUGUUGGGAUUGAUUCCAGUCCUUUUGGACCUCAAUUUUAAAUGUUGAAUAACUGCCCUGCUGGGAGACACCACCCCUUGGUAAGUAAUUUAAUUCCCUGCAAUUAACACAUAAGAAUCCAAGAAUGGACAUUGGGGGCAGCUUUAUGAAUGGGAAUCUGAGUUGGCCCAGUUUUAUUGUAAAGCUGUACAUGAAAGCUAGAGUGUGACUGUUUUCAUGUUUAACUUUUAAAUGGUUUUGCAUGGGAGAACAGAUCAUAGCUAUGUGCAUUGAUUGAUAGGGAGCCUAUUGGACUUAUCUGUGAGCUUAAACUAGUGCAUAUUGGUUUGACUUGCCUAAUGGUGAUCACAUACACAUUUAGGCCUUUUUCUUGAUUGAAGAGCCAGAUUUUCCUGAUUUUACUUUUUUUCGUGUUUUAAGUAGAUCAUGAUGUAUUGGGUCCCAGACUGUGUUUAAUACCUGUUAAACAGACUUGGUUAGAAAAGAAAUACUUUAAAUACAAUGUUGGCACAUAAUUCCCUUUUAAUUGCUAUUGAGGUAGUGCCUUGCUUUUAAAAUAUUUGCUUUUUGAUUAAAUGCCUAAAAUUCUCCAGUUAUUUUUCCUCUCAUAGCUUUAGAUUUACUCAUCUAUAGUAUUUAAAGAAACAAAUUAACAAAUAUGGGUUGGUAGUUAUUAAAAUUGCCAAAAAACAAAACCAUAGUUAAUAUGUACAUACACCAUUUUAUUUUGCCAAGCAUUACUAAAGGGGACAAUAUGUAGAGCUCAAACUGACUUUUGUACUGACCAGAUGCAGAAAUAUUGUGGUAUAGCAGUUUAAACGAACGUCUUGGCUUCUCCUUUGAAUCUAAUUUUACAAUGCUUCUCUAUGAGAAGCAAUCGCUGUAAUCAAAGCAUCAUGCUGUAGGAGAUGCUGCUGAACAUAAGCCCUUCAAAAAAAUUGAAGGAUCUAAGGUGAUACCGGCUGUACUUCCUGUCUGACAGCCACUUAAGGACUUUAUCUGUAUAGUUUUUUGUUUUUUUUGACCAAAUGUUAUGUUGCUGUUUCUGUGAAAUAUCUGUAUUUUAUAUUGUCCAAAAAAGGACCGCAUCUGUCCACAAAUUUUUUUUCCCCCCGUGUAGAUCAUCCCUUUAAUGAACUAGCAUCGUUAACAUAGGCCUUGCCGAUCCUCUAUAAUAAAGAACAUUAAAAAAAAAAAAAAAACUUCAAAUAUAUAUAUGUAAAAGUUACUUAAGAGCACCAUUAAAAACACAAAUUGCAACUUUUGUUCCUUAGGUUAAGGUUCGAACAAGUCCUCUGGCAAUGUCUACUUUUGCACUGUUGCUUAUAGCAGCAAUUUAGCUAAAUUCCCACAGUGCAUGGUGUUUGAAGAGGAAACUGUGCUUCCUCCUCUGUCUGUCUCUCUAUAUCUAUAUAAUAUCAUGUUUCCAUAUAUUUAAGGGAUAGUAUAGACACCAAAACAACUUUAGCUUAAUUAAGCAGUUUGUGUAUAGAUCAUGCCUCUGAAGUUUCACAGCUCAAUUCACUCCCAUUUAGGAGUUAAAUAUUUUUUGUUUCUGUUUAUGCAGCCCAUGUCACACCUCCCCUGGCUGUGAGUGACACAGCUUGCAUGAAAACAUGGUUUCCCUUUCAAUCAGAUGUAACUUAUUUUCAAAGUUUUUAUCUCCUGCUUUGUAAAUUGAACUUUAAUCACAUACAGGAGGCUCCUGCAGGGUCUAGCAAGCUAUUAACAGAGCAGGAGAUAAGACAUUCUUAUUAAAUGAAACAGGAUUCCAAAUAAAGGAAGUGUAAACAUUGACUUUUUUACAGGAAGUGUUUGGGAUGGCUGUUUAAGUCACACGCAGGUAUGUGUGUCUAGGGCUGCAGAAACAGUGAUAUAACUAAUAAAUGGCAGAAAAAUGAGCAGUGAGGCUGCAGGAGCAUGAUUUAAACACCAAAACUGCUUCAUUAAGCUAAAGUUGUUUUGGUGACUGUAGUGUUCCCUUAAGUCACAACGCCCUAUCGAGCUGGCUGUAGCAUGGUUACUGUUGCUAACAGCUUAAGCAUCUUACAUUCAUGCUAUGUGAUGAGUAGAGCUGCUAUGAAGUGCUGAACUACUUAUCUGCAUAAACAUAUGCAGUUUUAGACCUGUUAAGAUACCAUUUAACCAAAUCAAAGGAUCUUGAGCCGAGUUAGUUUUUAGCGUGAACUCCGUGUAGAACACUGUAUCUUUCUCUUAUUAAUUUUUCUAAUUUUUUUUUAUUUUAUUUUUUUAUAUUUAAUGCAUUUCUAUACUUUCAUCUAAGAGUGACUGAUUCAUUCCAUCAUCAUUUGGUCAUAUGAAAGUAAUUUAAAAUGUUUUUUUUUUUGUUUUCUUAGUUCUACCAGUUUUCAUAGAAAUUUACACUUCAGAAAACCUCCAAACUUACAAUGGUGAAAAUUCAUAAACCAAUUGUUACGAAAAUAAAUAAAUGGCAUAUAGUAAUAAAUGAUUAGAACAAUUGUUACCAAAAGCUGAAAAUCAGAUUACACAUGUCGACAAUACUUUGAUAAACCUGCCCCAGUGUUUCAAUUUAUCCUCUUAAUUUGCAACUUUUGCCCUGGCUUUGUUUUGAACUGGAUGAUGUUUUCUAAAAAGAAUAUAUGGAUUUUAAAAGAAAAUGAAGUAUUUCAAUAGUGUAAAUUCCAGAGCAUCCAUUUAAGAUGGUUGCUGGAUUAUUGCUGUUAAGCAUUAUAUGCUUUCUCAAAAAGACAGAGCUCAUUGCAGUAGUAAAAAAAUGUAACCUCACAUUCUGUAACUUUUACAUACAUAUAUGAAAAUCUACAAGUGCACUAUUUUUAUGUAGGAGCUAUUUUUAUUUAGCAUUUCUGUGCCUUUACAGCACGGAAUAACAGGACAAUUAAAGGGACACUCCACUGCCAGACUAAAAAUAAAAUAAAAAAAUAUGAAAGUAUCAAUGUUUAGUAGGUUUAUCACCAAAUGAAAACGGAAUAUCUAAAAACAGCUUGCUUAAAUUUAAAAUCUUGGCUUCAGCCCUCUGCAAAGCCUCCCCUUCUUCUACAGACUUCUGUGGCUGUCCAUUUAGACAUCCCAAUGCAGCUCAUUGAGAAGACUUGGCAAGCCAGAUGCUCUGACAAAUUGCAUGCCUCUAGUGUUAAGCACCACUGAGCUGAACUACCAGGAAGUAACAAGACUGCUUAUGUGAUUUGACAGAUGUAGGGUUGUAUGUGGGGAAGUGACAAGUAUGAGGGUCACAGACAAGUGGAUGAGUCAUCAGUUGCACCAAUUGGUGCUAAAAGGGAUUCCAGUGUACAAACUAUUUCAUAGUAAAAAGUAAACAAAACGGAAAUAAAAACCAGAACAAUAACAAAAUUGGCUUGUAAAAACAUAGUUGGUGUUGCAAGCGGAUAAUUGGCUACAAUAAGCUACCAAAAAGUAAAAGCUAAAGAGGGUCAGGACAUUUUAAUGCAACUAAAGGGAGGGCAACUUGUUAUGCAAUAGGGAAUAGACCUGCAGUCACUUUGGUGAAAUACCAAUUUGGUAAAUUAAAGCAUUUAAUCAUUGUGUGGGUAACACUGUUAAUUUGACAAACGAGACACUCGUCAAACAUAAAACACUUUACCUUGAUGAAAUACUUUAAGGGUCUGGAGUGUCCCUUUUAAGGGUAGGAAUGGUAAGAUAAAUGUACUCCUAGCAAAUCAUUUCUAAUGUACUCCACAUUCCCAAACUAAGCUAGAAAAAGUUAAGUGCAAUGUUUCUUUUGAACUUCGAAGUCAUAGUUCCAAACCAUUUCACACCAGUUUUCUAAUACACAAGAUAUGUAGUUGCUUCAAAUGUUCAUAUUGUCUUCAGGUGCCAAACUACCGUAAAUUUCCAGGACUCUUACAUUCACAGAGGCAGUACAAUAGGAUACAAUUUAGUUUUCUGAAUAUGAACGUUGCAGUGGUGCCAACUGUAUUGGCAUGGCAGCAGAGUUGGUUUCAUGGAGGUGAGGCUUUAUGAUAAUGAUGCUGGAGUGUAUAAUAUACAAACAAACAAAGUUUGUCAACCUACACAAAACAAAUUUACAUAAAAAAUUUUUUUGCACGUUUUUCUUUUUGUGGAAAGGAAAUAUUCACUAAAAACUAAAUUUCAUUUUGAGAAUAUAGUUACAUAUAUUUUUGUCUAUAUUUAAAUGAAAAUUCUGAUACAGAACUGAAACAUCUAUUUUGUUUGGAUUUUUAUUGUUUUCAUUUGAAUACCAAUAAAAGAAAGAUUUAUGAAUGCAGAAACCUGGGAGUGCUGGUCUAUUAUGGAUAUAUGUGUAUCUCCCUCUCCCCCCCCCCGCCCCCCUUUUUUUCUUUUCCCAAUAUAGCUCUGUUUAAUGUCAUGAGUAUGCUUUCUUUUUUUAUUACAUUAGUUUAUUGCAAAGUAAAAUGAUCGCUUCACUGCUAGUUUGAUAACGGCGUCAGAAGAGUGCAACACGUUUCAUCUAAAAAUCUUCAAUGGCUGCCCCUUGUUAAAAGGUUAUCACAAUGCACAUGAGUGAUGUAAUAUCUGUGUCUCCCAGUUGCUGUUGGCAAUACAGUGACCCUGUGUCAAUUAAUUUUUUUUAAAUUGUGGGCCAGAAGACAUUGGUGACUCUGAAAUACUAGACCUGAAGUUUUCUCUUACUGUAAAACUCUUUACGAGCAUGGCCAAAAAUUAGGUGUGUGUUUGAUGUUUAUGGUAAUGUUCCUUCAAAACGUAUGAUCUACUGCUUUUGACUCCAGAGUUAACAUUUCAAGCAAUGUUGCCUGUGAGAUGUUCUCUCAAAGUGCUACAAAGCAGCCCUAAGCCAAAGAGGUUUGGGGCUCUGUUUUACUGUAUCUAAAAAGAGCGCUAUGUAAAUAUGUAAGAUUGUUUUUGUUGCAUAUAAUUUUUGGUAUAAAAAUAAAUGUAGAAAUU